AGUGCGGUUCCGGGUCAUCUCGUUAGACUCAAACCUGAAGCCAGUAAAGGAGUCGGUGAGUAAACUUCUCCCUUGGUCCAAUUUCUUCAACCUUGUUUCAUUAAUGGCAUUUUCACAAAAUGGAUUAAAAUUUUACUAAUCAUGGCUUUUGCUUCAAAUUAUUUUUAAGCAAUCCUAAAUAAGGAUAUUUUUAAAUGAGGAGAGGAUAGAGGGGAAAUGUCCCAGAGUGAGGAGAGGAUAGAGGGGAAAUGUCCCAGAGUGAGGAGAGGAUAGAGGGGGAAAUGUCCCCCAGUGAGGAGAGGAUAGAGGUGGAAAUGACACCAAGUAAGUAGAAGAUAGAGGGGGAAAUGCCCCCGAGUAAGGAGCGGAUAGUGGAGGAUAAUGUCCCCGAGUGAGGAGAGGAAAAAGAAGAAAUUGCCCAGAUUGAAGAGAAAAUAGAGAGGGAAAGGCACAGAGUGAGAAGAAAUGGCCCCGAGUGAGGGAAUGGCACAGAGUGAGAAGAGGAUAGAGGGGAAAUGGCCCAGAAUUAGGAAAGUUAGAAAGGGAGAUGGCACAGAGUGAGCAAAGGAUAGAUGGAGAGAUGGCAGAGAGUGAGGAGAGGAUAGAGGGGAAAUGGCCCAGAGAGAGAAGAGUAUAGACAAGGAAAUGGCACAGAGUGAGAAGAGAAUAGCGGGUAAAUGGCCCUGAGUGAAGAGAGGAUAGAGGGGAAAUGGCCAUGAGUGAGGACAGGAUAGAGCGGAAGUGACCCCAAGUGAGAAGAGGAUAGAGGGGGAAAUGGCACAGAAUGAGAAGAGGAUAGAGGGAGAAUAGCACAGAGUGAGGAGAGGAUAGCAAAGGAUAGAGGGGGAAAUGCCCCCGAGUGAGGAGUGGAUAGAGGGGGAAGUGUCCCUGAGUGAGGAGAGGAAAGAGGGGGAAAUUAAACAGAUUGAGGAGAGGAUAGAGGUGAAAUGGCACAGAGUGAGGAAAGGAUAGAGGGGGAAGUGGCAUAGAGUGAGGAGGAUAUAGAGAAUAGCACAGAGUGAGGAGAGGAUAGAUGGAUGAAAUGUCCCAGAGUGAGGAGAGGACAGAGGGGGAAAUGGCACAGAGUGAGGAGAGGAUAGAGAGGAAAUGGCCCCGGGUGAGGAGACAUUUGGCAGAGCUUCAACUUGCCCAGUGUGCGAAGAGGAUAGAGGGGAAAUGGCCCAGAGUGAGAAGAUGAUAGAGGGGAAAUGGUAUAGAAUGAGUAAAGGAGAGAGUGGAAAUGGCCCAGAGUGAGGAGAUGAUAGAGGGUAAAUGUCCCCGAAUGAGGAGAGGAUACUCCAAGGGAGUAUAGUGAUUAUAGCAAUCCCCAGAGGAGCGAAUAUAGCUGUUCCCUCCAAGCAUGAGACUAGGAUCUAUGUUGAGGGUGAAGGACAGAGUGAGGAAAGGAUAGAGGGGUAAAUGGCCCCAAGUGAGGAGAGGAUAGAGGGGGAAAUGGCCCCAAGUGAGGAAAGGGCACAGAGUGAGGAUAGGAUAGAGGGAAAUGGCCCAGAGUUAGGAAAGGUAGAGAGGGAGAUGGCACAGAGUGAGUAAAGGAGACAUGGGGAGAUGGCACAGAGUGAGGAGAGGAUAGAGGGGAAAUAGCCCCAAGUGAGGAGAAGAUAGCAGGGAAAUGGCACUGAGUGAAGAGAUUGUCACAGCUACCCCAGUGGAGAGGGGGUAUCAGCCGUUGGAGACAUCCUUCUUCCCGGAAAGAUGCUGUGCAGUAAUGGAGUGGCCUUCUUUCUAUCAGCUGGAUCCAAGUAGAGAGGGAGAGGUAGAGCUCUUAAAAUAGCUAGUGAUUAGCUGAGCAGAUUCCCUUUCAAGAACGAGACAAAGCUAUGUUUUGGAGGGUAAAGUAGAACUGAGGUUUUAAUGACAGGUACUCCUUUUAUGUGGUGCUCCCAUGCAAGGGAGACACCCACAAACAAUUAGACAUUAACCAAUCAAACAGUGGUUACAUCCCCCAGAUUCCCUCCCCUCUGCUUGGGAGGUAAUUGAGUUUCUUACUGUAUCUACUCAAUUAUCUCCAAGCUAAAACUUAUACUUUUUAUGCAUUUUUAUAAAUUUCUGAUUUUUCAUCAUACAGGAAUAAAACUUAUAUUUUUAUGAACAACACAACUUGGGGACAAACAUGUUCAAAAUUCAUACAAAUCCAUUCAGGGGCUCCAGAAAUAUUAAAAAGUCUCUUUGGACCGACCGCACCCCUGUUUGUAUGCCCAAAACAGUUCCACAGAUUCAGGCUGUGCGUUUGGUCUAUUUCUGCCAUGAAAAUUAACAAAGUCCCAUCCGAAGGCGGCAUUCGAAUAGUCGAACGCACUUCGACUUCUGUUGAAGUAAAAAACGGGGUUAAGUUUCAGCGGUGUUCGUUAGUUAAGUGGAGGUCUAUUUUACACUAAAAAGAUGACAAAGUCCCAUUCGAACAUACGUUCGAAUCUUCGAAUGGGACUUAGUCUCCAGCCGCAGUGUCGAAGGGUAGGGGAAGGUACAGGUCAGCGGUGUUCGUUCAAAUGUGUGGCCGAUUUCCGUUCCAGGGAUUUGACAGCACACACUGCUGACCGCGUUCGACUGAAUUAAAAUGGCCGCCUCCACGUGUUCAAUUGUCUAAUGGCGGCCACUUCAACUACUUCGGCACUUCGGCUGUAUCUGAAGUGCCAAUUUAAAGUUGUAACACUGCUUCAAAGUAAUUAAAGAGCCAGAAACAGCAUUAUAAAAAUCCAUUAUGCCCAAAUACAGUUCUUAAAGGGUCAGUAACAGUAUAAUAUGAGUCCAUAAGCCCCCAACUCAGUUCCUUAAAGGGCAAUACAUCCCAGUGCCAUAUCAAACGUACCAAUCCUUUGCACAAAACAGUUAAAGGGCCAGACACAGUCUUUGUUCUUAGGUACAGGGCAAUGUGGAUGAUGGCAGGAAAACAAAAGGUAGAGGUUCCCAGGCAACAUAGUAGGAGGUUGUUACAGAGAUGAUAGAACUAAAAUGGCACAGAGUGAGGAGAGGAUAGAGGGGCAAUGGCACAAAGUGAGGAGAGGAUAGAGGCGAAAUUGCCUGCAGGGAGACUGCCUGAUAGAGGGGGAAAUGGCACAGAGUGAGGAGAGGAUAGAGGGGGAAAUGGCACAGAGUGUGGAGAGGAUAUAGGGGGAAAUGCCCCCAAGUGAGGAGCGGCUAUAGGGGAAAUGUCCCCAUGUGAGGAGAGGAAAGAGGGGGAAAUGGAACAGAGUGAGGAGAGGAUAGAAGUGAAAUGGCACAGAGUGAGGAGAGGAUAGAGGGGGAAAUGGCACAGAGUGUGGAGAGGAUAGAGGGGGAAAUGCCCCCAAGUGAGGAGCGGCUAUAGGGGAAAUGUCCCCAUGUGAGGAGAGGAAAGAGGGGGAAAUGGAACAGAGUGAGGAGAGGAUAGAAGUGAAAUGGCACAGAGUGUGGAGAGGAUAGAGGGGGAAAUGCCCCCAAGUGAGGAGCGGCUAUAGGGGAAAUGUCCCCAUGUGAGGAGAGGAAAGAGGGGGAAAUGGAACAGAGUGAGGAGAGGAUAGAAGUGAAAUGGCACAGAGUGAGGAGAGGAUAGAGAGGGAAAUGGCACAGAGUGUGGAGAGGAUAGAGGGGGAAAUGCCCCCAAGUGAGGAGCGGCUAUAGGGGAAAUGUCCCCAUGUGAGGAGAGGAAAGAGGGGGAAAUGGAACAGAGUGAGGAGAGGAUAGAAGUGAAAUGGCACAGAGUGUGGAGAGGAUAGAGGGGGAAAUGCCCCCAAGUGAGGAGCGGCUAUAGGGGAAAGGUACCCAUGUGAGGAGAGGAAAGAGGGGGAAAUGGAACAGAGUGAGGAGAGGAUAGAAGUGAAAUGGCACAGAGUGAGGAGAGGAUAGAGGGGGAAAUGGCAUAGAGUGAGGAGAGGAUAGAGGGGGAAAUGGCAUAGAGUGAGGAGAGGAUAGAGAAUAGCACAGAGUGAGGAGAGGAUAGAUGGGGGGAAAGUCCCAGAGUGAGAAGAGGAAAGAGUGGGAGAUGGCACAGAGUGAGGAGAGGAUAAAGGGGAAAUGGCACAAAGUGAGGAGAGGAUAGAGUGAAAACAGGGGAAAUAGCACAGAGUGAGGAGAUGAUAGAGUGAUAAUGGCACAGAGUGAGGAGAAGAUAGAGGGGGAAAUGGCACAGAGUGAGUAGAGGGUAGAGUGGAAAUGGCCCAGAGUGAGGAGAGGAUAGAGCUAAAGUGGCCCCAAGUGAGGAGAGGAUAGAAAGGGAAAUGGCACAGAGUGAGGAGAGGAGAGGGGGAAAUGGCACAGAGUGAGAAGAGGAUAGAGGGGAAAUGGCAAAGAGUGAGGAGAGGAUAGAGGGGAAAUGGCCCAGAGUGAGGAAAUGAUAGAGGGGAAAUAUCCCAGAGUGAGGAGAGGAUAGAAGGGUAAUGCCCCCAUGAGGAGGGGAUACUCCAAGGGAGUAUAAUGCUUAUAGCAUAUGACGGACCACCUGGCUCCCUGACUGGGUGCCCCCGCCAAUCGAUGCUUCCUAGCUGACGCUGUGUACCAUAAGCACCCCACUGGACACCAAAAUCACCGUAGCCCUUUAGCCGCCAUAGCUUGGCUGGGGUCUCGCUGUCCAUCACCCACCCUGGACCCUAGCCCACGAUCCAGCUUCCAGUGGGUGGACCUCUCCUACUCCAGAGAGUAUAGCAGGUAUAGCAGUGUAGCUCUUACUCCAGUGAUUAUAGCCAGUAUGGCAAACUGAAGCAGGUAUAGCUGGUAUAGCUGUUCCCUACAAUCACAAGACGAGGAUGAGUGUUGAAGGUGAAGUGAACUGAUUUUAAUGGGACCACACUUGGUCUUUUAUGACAAUCCCCAUGCAAGGGGCACUCCCCUCUGGACCUGAGAGUAAACCACAGCAGGAGGCUGGCAAGCAGGCUCAUCCAAAAGCCUGUGGCAAGGUUCUGUUCAUCACAUAGCAAUUCCCAGAGUAGUGAAUAUAGCUGUUCCCUCCAAGCAUGAGAUGAGGCUCUAUGUUGAGGGUGAAGGACAGAGUGAGGAGAGGAUAGAUGGGAAGUGGCACAUUUGAGGAGAGGAGAGGAUUGAGGAGAAGGCAACAGAGCCAAUAUAGCCUUGGCAGUGAGGGUAUAAAGGAAAAUAGGGAUGUACUGGAACUAUGAUAAAUGAAGGAAAGGUUAGUGAAGUUAGUUGGGUGGUUCAGCAGGAAUCUUACACAGGGAGAGGUGGAUUGGUAAGACUAACUAAUAUGUGAGGAGGAUAGGGUGUUUUAGCAUGUGGGUCAAUAAAGGAAAUUUGGAAGAAUUGUUUGAUACCAAGCACUGACAGAUGGAUAAGGAGGUGGUGAAUUGUUAGAGAGGAGAAGUAAUAGGAUUGCCAUGGAGGGAGACUGUCUAUUGGAGCCCUAAGGAGGAAUCAAAUGGUCUUUAAUGCAUACAAAGAAGAAUGAAAUUGAGAGGUAGUGGCAUGUGAGGAUGUACACAGACACUUGCCUUGGGUCGAGUUUAAUAAGGUCAUUCACUGGGCAAUGUUUGUCUUCUCUCUGUCAUGACAAGGUGAAUGGCUGGGUUCAUUUCUGAAUGGAGCCUGUUCACAUGUACGGUCAAUCUGUAGAUCAUGCAGCCAGCUCAUGGUGAAGUAGUCAAGUUAAGGUCUAAUAAUGGAGCAAUAGAACUCAACAAUCUCCUUUCUUUAUAUGUCUUUAGAUGACUUAGGACAGAAAUAAGGAAACAGUGUUUACUGCUAUAGUUGGGUGUAAGGGAUGUGGAUGUAACAAAUUGCAAACCCAUAAUACACGUCUUUCUUUGUUUCUUUUUCAGUAUCCUGUUGUCUACUUACAGGUACCGUAAGAAAUGUUUUAGAAUUUUUAAUGUGAACAAUUAUUAUAUUAAUUAUCUGUAUGUCUGAUAAUGUGACGCAUUAUUUUUAUAAGAAUUAUAGUUCUUGAUAUUUUAUAACCUGUUAUGUACACAAACUUAAUGAUAUAUAGAGCAUUAUUCAUGUAAGCUGCGAUUAUCCAUGAUUAUCUGGACUACGAUGUAAAAGUAAAAAAAAAAAAAACUCAAACGCCCUCUAAUCACAGUGGAAAACAACACAAUGAGGGGAUAUAAACAAAUAAAUAUACCCAUUUUACUCACCUACUGCUGAUAAAAAAAAAGACUCCUCCAUAUCCACAAGAUAAAAAACACAAAAUAUCUACAGUAAAAAUAAAAUACAUAGAAUAGUAUUGUACAUAUACCUAUAAUAUUAGGAGUGAAUAGAGUGCACUCACAAACCAACGUUUGAUUGUAGCCACGUCGGAUCCAUCAAUAGACCAAUGUCACUGCCUCCCAGCAGUGAUGGAUUAUGCAAAGGAAAAGUAAGUGUGACGGUUACCCCUAUAGAGUCAGGGUAUCAACCUUCUUCCCAUAGAAGGUCCCAACCCGAUAUCCUGAAGAGCUAGUAUAGCUGAAGAGAGCUCUUACAAGAGCUGGCAAUGACAUAGCAGUUAUAACUGUUCCCUACAACACAAGAUGAGGCUGAGAGUUGAGGGUAAGAAGGUCUGGCUUAUUGAGCAACUUGCAUUUCUUUUGUACAGAUUUUCAGGCCAGUGGCACACGCCCUGGACCUGAUGGAACACAGGGACAAAAGGAACAUAAACCAAUGGGAACAAUAAUUGUUUCUGUAACACUCCCACAUACAGUCAGCAAGUCCUCCCCUCUACCUGUGAUAUAAUUAAGAUUGCUAAUGGAAUAACUUAAUUAUCCACAGGCAGAAAAUACCCAUUUUUACCCAAAGUACAGAAACACCCCAAAACUCAAACAUAUCCCCAUAAAUUAUGCAUCCCUGGAUAGCUCUAAUCUGGGCAAACAACAUAUUAAAAAAUUACCAAGAUCAGAGCGGGGGUUCCUGAAUUCUGUGGAAGUCACAUUUGACCUACCGCACGCUUGCCCUACAGAGUUCCAGAGAAUUAGGUUGCGCGCCAAUCUAUCUUCUCAUUCAAAUAAUGUAUAAAUUGCACGAACGGACCAGUUCGUACAUAACUCUAUUGGAUGGGUCUCAUUCAGUAGGUUGUUCUCACUGAAUAGCGCUCUGUUCGUGUGGAUUUAGCCAAACGCAUGGAAGGUGGAAGUCCCAACAGUGUUCGAGCCUUUGAUUGUCCGAUUUUGGUUACAGGCGUUCGAUGACAAAACACUGCUGACCGUGUUCGGCUACACAAGAUGGCCACCGCGUGUUCGGUCAUACAAAUGACGACCACCCAGCCAUUUGUCAAUUAGGCUGUGGUUAACCAGAGCUUCUGGGCGCUUAACCAGCUGCACACUCCACAUGCAGGGUGGACGUUCUUCGACACUUUGUUCGGCUACUUGAAUAAUAUUAUCCUGUCUGUAAUAAAGUCUUAAUUUACCGAACCAGCUAAAGAAUACAUUAGGGAGCAUACAAAACCCAGCAAUGAAAAGGGGAAAACCGAAGUCCAGGGACGUAAAAACAGUAAAAAGGGGGAACACACUAUAACCACUGCAGAGAAGGGAAAGAAACACCAUAACUACUGAAAAUACAAAGGGUUCUUGUUACAGUAAGCAAUCAUAGUGCAGAGUGCCUAUAUAUGGACACAAAUUUCAUUACAAAUGCACUUACAAUAUUAAAAGAAACUCGGGCAUAUCAACAUGUAGAUAGGAGAAAUGCAGUCUCCACCAAUAUCCCAGGAAUCCAAAUAGGGGGUUCCUUUCUCCUCUCUUUCACGAACAGAAAAUAAAAUAAACAAUAAAUUAAACACAAGUUCUCAUAGCACAAAUGCUGGGACUUCCUCAGGGGAAGCAGGGGCGCUUAUUAAGGCAGCUUCUCCUGUUGUGGCCGGCAUCUUCAUGUUUAAACCCUCAGGGAGGCUCCCAUGAGUUACCAUCAGCCAAUCACUGUGGAGCUCUCCCAUCUGUGGGUCAUUAGUUGCAAAUGCGAUCCAAGCAUCAUUCCUGGAUUGCGUCGCCAGUCACAUGAGUCAUGAAAUCACAAUGUUGCAUCACUUCCUUCCAGUUUGCAUUCCACCGGUGACGAUGUGUUCCACAGGUUACACAAGUCCAUAAAAAGUCCCUAACGUGCACAAAUAUAAAAAAUGAAAACAUAAAAACUAAUGUAACAUAUCUGGUCAUAUUUGUUACUCUUGAUUAUAUUGAAACCAAUAAGGAAAAUUGAUAUUGGGAAGCAGAUAGUAAUUAGCAAAAAAAUUAAAAAAAACUAAACAAAAUACAAAAUAUGCACAAAAGUAUAUCUGCAUAGAGCAAAAAAACCAAAACUUUUUUUGUGUGUGUUUUAUCUACAAUACGAAAGUUCAUGCAUUAUCCUAUUCUGUUACAAAGGUAAAGGAGUGCACACAGCACAGCAUAUUUAAUUAAACGGAUAUUCCACUGCUUAAUUUUUUUUUAAAUCACUCUUAACUAGAUAUGCAGGGGGACUGCCUCUCGAGACAGGCAUUCCCCCUGCUUCCUUUACGGCCCUCCAGGGCCAUGUGAUCGCUAUGGACGUCGCAAAUCACAUGGCCGCAAAGCAGUGUUCAGGCAGUACACCUAGUGUCUAAAAAAUAAAAUAAAACACAUUUAAAUAAUAUAUUAUACACAUAUAAUAUAUUAUAAGUUAAUUAAAACUAUAUGCAUAUUAUACAUAUAUAAUACAUAUAUAAAUUACAUAUACAUAUAUAAAUUAAUUCUAUAUAAUUUAAUUCUUACAUAUAUAAAUUAAUUCUUACUGUAUUUUGGUAUUAAUAUACGUAUUCAUACCAAAAUACACUUAGAAUGAAAUUAUAUAUGUAUUAUUAUUAUUGUUAUUAUUAUUGCGAUUUAUAUAGCGCCAUCAGAUUCCCUAGCGCUUUACAAUAUUAUGAGAGGGGGGACUUAACUAUAAAUAGGACAAUUACAAGAAAACUUACAGAAACGAUAGAUUGAAGAGAACUCUGCUCAAACGAGCUUACAGUCUAUAGGAGGUGGGAUAUAAACCACAUUAGGACAGGAAAUAGCAAUCAAAUAAGGUGGGAGUGAAGCAGAGCUGGAGGAGAGAGUAGAGUGCUGCCCUUCAGGAGAGAGCAAGAGACUGGUAUGUGAGGUAGAGGUUACUCUGGGAUGCCAUAAGCUUUCCUAAAGAGAAGGGUUUUAAGGCACUUCUUAAAUGAUUGCAGAUUAGGGGAGAGUCUGAUGGCGGUAGGCAGGCUAUUCCAUAGGAAGGGAGCCGCCUGCGAGAAGUCCCGAAAGCGUGAGUUGGCCGUAUGGGUGCGAGCAGUGGACAGGAGAAGGUCAUAGGCAGAGUGGAGAGACAGAGAAGGGGCAUACCUAUGGAUCUGUGAAGAGCUAUAAGAGGGGCUAGAUGCUCUGAGUCAAAUUGCAGGGCGUGGGAAGGCUUUAUAAGCCUUCCCACGCCCUGCAGAGCUCAGUCUGCCCUCGCUGGGUUAAGAUGGAUUAAUUUUCUAGUGGCGAGAUUUUUGGUAAGUAUAAUUUUUAUUUUUUUUUACAGGGAUUUAGAUUUAUUACUUUCCCACCUCACUAUUAGGUAGGUACCUAUUGUCCCGUUCCCCUCUGUCCCCCCCUUCUAGUGACAAUAAGGGAGGGACAUGGAUCCUCCCCCGGCCCUCACCCAUGAGCGGCGGAUGAGGGCCCUAAGAUUAUAUGGGGGACCUAUUGUCCACCUGGCCCCUGCUCAUGUGCGGCAGGUGGGGGCCCAAAAUUACAAUAGGCCCUCGCCAUGACAAUAGGUCCCCCGUAUCAUCUUAGGGCCCUCACCCCUGAGCGGCUGGUGAGGGCCAUAAGAUGAUAAGGGGGACCUCUUGUCCACCUGGCCCCUGCCAAUGUGCGGCAGGUGGGAGCCCAAAAUUACAAUUGGGUGGAACCUAUUGUUCCCCCCGGCCCCCAUCCAUAAGCGACGGGUGGGGGCUACGUGAAAACAACACUCUGAAAACAACACUCUGAUUGGCUGGCUUGGAAUCCAACCAACCAGAGUGUUCUGUGUCAUUUCACACAGCAUGGGAAAAUUCCCCAAAACUUUCCCACGCUAUGUAAAAUUACACAGAGCACUCUGAUUGGUUGGAUUCCAAGCCAACCAAUAGGAGUGCUCUGAUAGCCUUGCAAGUACCCAAUCACAGUCCAAUCAGUCAAAUUGCAGGGUGUGGGAAGGCUUUAUAAGCCGUACCCCGCCUUGCAGAGCUCAAGCUGCACAGUGCCCUCGCUGGGUGAAGAUGGAUUAAUUUCGUAGCGUUGAGAUUUUUUUUUUUUUGUGUGCUCGGUGUGACGGACCCUCUGCUCCUAGUGCUCACCAAGGACCAUCAGCUUGGUUUGGGUCCCGCUAUCUUCUGCCCACCCUGGACCUACGACAAGGCUCCAGGUUCCAGUGGGUAACUCUCUCUUCCAGGAGAGUAUAGCAGGAUCAUCUGUAGAGCUCUUACAAGAGCUAGUAGAAUCCAAAGGAGUAUAAUGAUUAUAGCAAUCCCUGUAGUGAUUAUAGCUAUUCCUACAACACGAGACGAGGCUGUGAGUUGAGGGUAAGAAGAUUUGAGAGUUUAAUGGUACAGGUUGGAUUUUUAUACAACUUUUCAGGUCAGAUGAACACCCACUGGGCCUGAUGGGGCACCAGGACACAAAUUGUACAGACCAAUAGAAACAAUGUAACAAUGCCUGACAAUCCCACAUACAGCACACAAUCCCUCCCCUCUGCCUGUGAUACAAUUAAGUUAGAUAAUGUAUUAACGUAAUUAUCCCCAAGCAUAAAAAAAUAUAUUUUUAUAAAGUACCAUAAGUACCCCAAAAUACAACAUAUUCACAUAAAUCAUCCCCUGAUAGCUCUGAUCUGGGUGAACAACAUAUCCAAAAAUCACCCAGAUCAGGGGUUCAGAAAUUUUAUGGAAGUCAUAUUUUUACCCAGGCAAAGGCAUGGUCCCAUGCCCAAAACAGUUCCAUAGAAUUGCGGAUAGAAGUGCCUCUGGAGGACCGACCAGGAACCACGAGGUGCUCAUGCCGAAAAUAGUUCCAGGGCAUUCACGGCUAAGUCCCCCUAAAGUCUAUUUGUGGUUUUGGUCCAUGUGAACAAGAGGGCCACCAUGUGUUCGAAUGUCGAAUGCCGGCCACUUCAACUGUUCAGGAGUUUGAAGAACCAUUUGUAACGGCUACCCCAGUUGGAGAGGGGGUAUCAGCCGUUGGAGACGUCCUUCUUCCCGGCAAGAUGCUGUGCAGUAGUGGAAUUGCGCUAUCCCAUCCGCUGGAUCCAAGUAGAGAGUAAAGCAGAGCUCUUAAAAGAGCUAGUGAUUAUGUUGAGGAGGUUCCCUUUCAAUAAGAGACGAGGCUAUGUUUUGAAGGGUUAAGCAGAACUGAUUUAAUGACCACAAAGCAGCUGCUUUUAUGCAGGUUCUUACAGGAAUGUUAACACGCACUGGACCUUGUGGGUCACUGAUAAUGUGAAUACAACAGCCAAUCAGUUACAAUUGUACAGUAAAAGCACACCCAUUAAUUACAGUACAUUCCUCCCCUCUACUUAGGAGAUAAUUGAGUUAAUCGUUAUAUCAGCUCAAUUAUCUCCAAGUUAAAAAAUAUACUUUCAUGCAUUUUUCAUAACUUUAAAACUAUACACAAGAUAUUAAUAGAUGUUACAUUUUAAUAAACAAUCCAUUCAGGGGAACAACAUAUCCAAAAAUGGCAUGAAUUGGACCAGUGGUUCGGGAGUUAGUAAAAAGGUGCAUGUGACCGACCGCUCGCACAUUUCUCUCCCUAAAUUAGUUCCACAAUUUCAUUCUAUGUGGUUGGUCUAUCUUCCCGUUGUAAUAGAUGUAAAAUGCAUGAAUGGAACUGCUCGUGCCUAUCAUCAUUGGAUGCAGAUUGUUCGUAUGAAGAAACCCACGAAUUAGUGCUUUGUUCGUAUGUUUCUUGUCGAACGCACUGAAGGUAGAAGUUCAGCGGUGUUCGUGGAAAAAGUUAGCCGAAAUCAGUUCCAUGCGGUCGACGACCAAACACUGCUGAGUGCGUUUAACUAAACAAAAUGGCCACUGCCACGUGUUCGCACAUACGAACGCCAACCACCCUUUUAACCCAUUAGAAUGUUAAGGUGUUUGCAGUUUGUACAGGUCAAGAGGGUUAAUUGGUGCCACACUCCUGCUCUGGGUGGUCGGUCGGUCGGUCGUUCGACAGAAUAUUUGGUAAAUGAAUGAUUAUGGCCAAAUGCACGAUUGAUCCAUUUUAGUGAAGGCAAACAAACGAAUAAUCUCUGUUCUCAGUUCCAUGCAGCAAAUAUACGGCUUAACAGGGGUUUUGUUACACCAUUGUUUAAAGUCCCAAUAGCCACAAAAAGGGUCUCUCAACCACAAUAAAUUAAAGAGGCCAUAGUCACAGGGUAGAAGGCUGGCAAGUAGUCCCCUCCAAACCCCAGUGGCGAAUUGGUUUUCACCACACUCGGGUUAUUUUUUUAUUUUAGAAGUUCGACGGAAAUUAUGGAAUUUUUUUGGCCUUUUUUAAGGCUGAAAAAAGAAGACAUCUUAUGGUAAGUAUAUAUAUAUUUUUUUACAGGGAUUAAGAUUUAUUACUUCCCCCUAUCUAUUUUUAGGGUGAGGGGGGUAGGUAGUAAGUUAUUUAAAGGGAGGAGGGUGACUAGGGGCCUGGGGCACUGGAUUUUUUUACAUAGCCUCCACCCGUCACCCAUGGGUGGGGGCUGGGGGGGAACAAUAGGAUCCCCCAUUGUAAUUUUGGGCCCCAACCUUGGGUGGGGGCCAGGGAGAUAAUAGGUCCCCCCGUAUCAUCUUAGGGCCCCUACCCACCGCUCAUGGGUGGGGGUGGGGGAGUAAUAGGGUCCCCACCCGCCGCUCAUGGGUAGGGGCCUGUGGCAGGGACAAUAGGUACCCCACCAUUGUCAUGUAGGCACCCCACCCAUGGGGCAAUGUCCCCCCGCUAGUUAAUAGAUGGUUGGGGGUCUAGUUAAUAGAUGGGGGGUUCACCAGAGUGCUCACUGUUUAGUAGAUGUUACAAACUGCCAUUUGUAACUGUUAUUUUAUUUGACAAAUUGCCCUGCUUCCCUGUGCUAUGGAGAAGCCUAAUUGCCAGCCUUCUGCCCCAUGACUAUGGACCUAGUGUGUAUGGCGAUUUGACUGUAUUUGUGGGAUCUGAGCGCUGUUUGGAUAUAUUGAGCGCUCAGAUCCAAGCCAUCUGGGGAUAGGUUGAAUGUGGGGGUUCUGUUCAGUAUGAUAGGAGUUAUGCAUUUUUGUGUCUUUUUGUGUCUUUUGCUAACAUGUGGUUAAUGGAGUCUGCCUCUAUCCCUGGAUAAUUGGAUUACUUUCCCCAUUGUCCAGGAUAGAGGGCUCUGUAAAUCCGGUUUGGGCCAGAAAACCAUGCUGCCAGCUAGGCCCCAAAAGAUACUUUUGCUAACUUUUGAACCCCUUGUCUGAUUUGUGCCAGUUUUUAAUAUGUUGCUCCCCUGAAUGGAUUGAUUCUAAAUAUGUAUUUUUAUGAAGAUUGGAUGUGUAGUUUGGAAGUUAUAGUACAUGUAUAAAAACUGUAUUUUUACUGCCUGUGUUUAAUUAUGUUAACCCAUUGUGCAACAUAAUUAGAUCACAGGCAGAGGGGAGGAGUUUUGUGUGUAAUUGCUGGGAGUGUUUCUGUAAUGUACAUUUAUUAUUGGUUGUUUUAUACCUCCCUGUGGGCGGUCCUGUAUUUGCAAGACUGUAAUAAAAACCAGGCUGGGUGUGCCAGCACCUCAGAUCUUCUUGACCCUCUAACUUGCAGCCUUGACUCAUGUUUGUAGGGGACAGCUAUAAUCACUACAGGGAUUGCUAUGCUCUUCAUACUCCCUUAGCUACUGAGUUCUUGUAAGAGCUCUUGUUCCUGAUCCUGCUUCACUCUACAGAAGGAAGAGGUUCACCUACUGGAACCUGGAGCCUGGUCGUAGGUCCAGGGUGGAUAGCAGACGGCGAGAUCCUAGCCCAGCAGCGGCGGUUCGUGGAGUCUGCAGUACUUCUGGUGGCUACGCAGUAGUUAUGGUGUCUACGGUGCUGAUGGUCCUCUGGUGAGCGCUAGGAGCAUUCUUUCUACGGUCCAACUUUCAGCCAGCCUGGAGGCAACCGUAACCGUAGAUAUGCCCCUACUCGCGGCAUAGCGAGUGGGAAAUUCGGGAGAUUUUAAUCUCCCUUCUGCCAAUAUAGGGGUCAUUUUGACCCCCAUAGAGUGAGGUAGGACAUGUGGGGUGUAAUAACUGGCUGUGUUUUUCUUUAGUUGAAUAAGUCUUUUAUGUAUAUAUAUAUAUAGAUAUUUCUUCUUAUCUUCAGUUGAUUGAUAUAUAUACGUCUUUUGUAUAUAUAGUCUUGGGCCAAAUGCUCGCCACAAUAAUAUAUGUCUAUAUUAUUGAAAAGUACUAAUACGCAAUCUGACGUUCUUUAUAAAAAAUGAGUAUUUAUUCUACAUUCAACAGGAAACAGUUAUAUAUACUUAACAGAUGGUAAUUCUUAACGAUGUUACAGAGAGUCGUCUUGACAUCAGAGAGGAGAGCAAACGGAUCGUAGCAGGAAGAGACCCCUAAUCCUUUGUCCUUGGCUCUAUAUACCCCAAAUUACGUCAUAAUGUUUAGUUUAGACCCUGCCAUAUAAGGAAGUUCCCUAUAUAAAGACCGCCUCAAAUCUCUUAUACAGGAAAUUCCAGAGACCUCAUGUUACAGAAUAGCAAACACCAUCUGUUCUGUUUAACCCAUUAGACAGCCACACCUUAAUAUGUAUUUGAAUAGGAACAUACAGAAUAUGCAAUAUUCUACAUGGGGGCAUUAGGAAGUGGUGGGGAGCACAGCUAUUUUUACAUAUUACAAGGAGGGAGCUGUGAGCCGACAGCUCUCUCCUAGUAAUAAACAAAUGAACACACAAACACCAAUAUUCAGUCUUUGUUUGUUCGUGUGAAAUUUCUAUUAAUUCAUUUGUCUUUCUGACGGAUGAAUAGAUGAAUUUCUGAUAUUGUGGGAGCGCGCAUUAGGCGGCAAAAUGAUACCUAACGUCAGUUAUGCGUGCUGACGUCAGAGCAUGAUUGGAUAUGAGACCAGGGAAGUUACAUUCCCGGCUCUCAAAAUUGGCUGGUUUGGGGGCGUGGCUUAAAGCCACUCUUCAAAGCCUUCAUAAAGAAUAAAGAAAAUUAUUUGAAAAAUAAGAGUAGAAUGAAAAUAUUUAAGGCACUCUAACAACUUAAAUGAGAUUAAGUUGUUACAGUGCCUACAGUGUUCCUUUAAGUGGUUAAUUAUAGGCAAGUGCCCCUGACCACUAAAUCCUGCAAUGUUUACGUGGCAGUGUUAAGUCCACCACUAGUGGUCUAGUGACUGGAGGUUCCUGCUCCGUAAUGUAGUGAAUGCAUGGAUCCAAUGCUUUCCUAUGGGGAAGCUUUAAUGUGCAUGUUACGCUUUCUGCGCACAUGCAUUAGGUCAUGCAUUAGGUCCUUCAUCGGUGUGAUCUUGCAGGAUCUUGCAGGAGGAGGAUACUGAGCCAGCUCAGAUGGAGCCUCAGUGCUGGAAAGAGCUUAGGGAUUAAAGUGUUUUUCACCGUUUCAUGCUCGCGGGGGGACAUGUCAGUUAGGGACAGGGGCACACUAUUGCAUUAGAAAUACAGGUUUGUGUAACACUGUUGUGUUCCCUUAAUUUAUAAAAGGGACAAUUUCUAUCGAAGUCAGCAUGUUUUGUAAAAUGAAAAAAGAGGACACACUCUUCACACAUAAAGCAUUUCAGCCAGCUAUCGUGCUUUAGGGGUGCAAAGUGUUUCUUUUAGGUGUGCACCAGGGGAACAUAUGUAACAUGUAACAUGCAAUCUGUAUUAAAUAUUACAUGUGUAUAUGUGAUAAAUAUGUAUUAAAUGGAAUUAUAUAGGUCUGCAUUUUUAUUAAUGAAAGUAAAAUGUAAUAGAGCAUAUAGGUUUUAAUAAAAUCUCAUUAGCUCCAUACUAAAAUAUGCAUUAAAAAAUACCAAAAUACCAAAUAUUGCUCUAGCAUGAAGCAAAUUUCUUCAUAAAUAAACAAUUAUCACCAUUUUAAGAUCAUUUAGAGCGAACCCCAAAUUAUGUAAAAUUGCAUAGAGAGAUUUAACUGCGUUCCAUCUGCAUCAAAUUCUUAUUGAUAGGAAUCUGUCACUUUCCAUGCAGGACCCUUCACGAAAUCGUUUGGUUCAGUGGACAAACCAGGAGUCCAAUCAAGGUGUUGUGUCCAUGGAAUUCCAAUUAAAUGAUGAUGCAUCUCCAGGCAAUUACUUUAUAACAGCUGAGAGAUCCUCUGGUUCUGACGUUGUUCAAAGGUUUACUGUAGACGAAUAUGGUAAAUAUUGCAAUUAAAAGAACGUAUGAUCUCCAGUAUCAAAUGGAGAACUAACCACUUCUCUCUUAAACAUGUGUAUAGUCAUGCUACCUUUCACUUUGAAUUGUAAAAAAAGCUUGAGAGAAGCAAAUUAUUAUUUAUCAGGGGUCCUUUUUUCAUUCUGGAAUCUGCAGUAGGUCUGUAAGUUAUGUAGGAUAAAUACACAUACUGAGGUUCUUUGCAGGUUGAAAUUGUAUCCUAUAAUAUCCUUAUUGUUAAGAUGAUUGCUAUCAUUGUACUUUGCAAAAACUCUGGAUGGUGACUGCGUGGUGCAAGAAAGGUGAGUUUUUAUUACCCGAACCUGUGCCUCCUUGGUCAUCCUGUUGCAGUGUAAGCAUGCAGAAGCCAAACACAGAAAUAUUGGACACAGGUCUUCAGGAAGUAACAGGCCUUUAUUCACAUUACCGAUCGGGUCUCAGAUGAACUCUCGUUCCAACAUUCUGAGAGACCAACACAUAGUGUACAUUCCUUAUAUAGCACUAUAACUCCUCCCAUUAAUAGCUACACCCACAUAUACCUUUAACCAAUCAAUGAGCAGACUAUAGACUUGUACAUCUAGUCAAACCACAUGGCUCAUCCAAGACAAAGGAAAUAAGUGCAAUUUCAGUUCCUGCAUUCCUGCACAUGCUCAGUACACUGAUGACAGUAUCCUAGCUACAUGUAGCUAACCAACUGACACAACAUACACAUAUGCCACAUGGAGAUUUUGGCCUACUAAAUUUUAACCAUGCUGGAAUCCCAUCACAUUCCCCCCUUUUGAUGCCUCUGAUAUAACAUUAUUCCAGAUGCAUCACCAAUCACAGUUUUACCUACAUCUCUCAAGUAGCCAUUGAACCAGAGUAGACCUUGUAAGCAUCUUAAAAACUCCUUCAACAUUCUUCAUCCUGAAUAUAUUCUCUUUGGGCUAGGGGAUCAUAUCUUCCAGACAGCCAUUACAUGGGCAGCUGUCUUUCUCUCUAUAGUACUCUCUAUAAUGCUACGUUGAGGGGGCCACUCAUUAUCUUCCCAGCUACCUAUAUUCAAGGAUGCUCUCUCCCUUUUAUGAUUUACAUUGUAAACCUUAACUCCCAAGGUCUCUCCUGUUUCGAUUGGCAACAAGAAGAAGGAUGGCUUUGGCAUACCUAAUACACAUGCCCCUUCCCAAUCUUGUGGUAACUCCGAAUAAGUUUUCUUACCACAGAUCCAGUAUAAAUUUGCUGGGGCUUUCCAACUAGAUGUAGCCGAUAAGUCAAACCAUACCUCCUUUAAAUGAGUGUAAUUGGCAAACGGAUUAGUAGGUUCCGAGACAUUUGAAGCUGACCACCAAGUAGUAUUUUUAGUAUUAACAUUAUAGGCUUUUUGUCCCAAGCACGUUAGCUCACCUACAGACGUGUUAUACAUUGUCCCUUUCCUGGCUAUACAAACAUGACCUAUAAUGGAGGUUUUUAACCACCAUUCCAAUUUACUUCUAGUACUUACUUGAUGAUCAGACUGGAAAGGUAUCUGUUGUUCAUAUGUCUCAGAGCCAGGGUACCAUAUUUCCUUUGCCUCCCAUGGCCACUGGUCUCCCAUAUUAGUACCUCCACACACAUAGCAAUUAGUUACAUUAAGACUACCUGCAAUACCCUCAGCCAAAUCAAUAAAUAGGUUGUUAACAUUAUGGGGAAUUUUAUCCUCAAUACUCAUCUCCUCAUAAAAGGAAUGAGAAACCUGAUGAGUUUGAGUUGCCACUGUCUCAGUUUCAAGACCUACAUAUAUUAUUGUUCCUGAAUCUACUCCUGUGCCAUAUAUUUGGAACCCAAACAGACCUCCAAACCUGUCAAUAAAGUACUGCAGAUUGGAAAUGGUCAUGUGAACGGGGUUACACACAUAGUUUUACAGUAUGGUGUGGUAGGCAACCUUUGGAUAAUCAUAUCUUGAUCCACUGUUUUUCCCAGGUUGCCCAACCUACACAUGACAAAUAGGGGCAGAAGUUAGUCUCUAUUUGGGCAAUCAGGAUCAGUAGAUCUUAUACUGGGACAUAAGUAUUUAUCAUUAAACCCAUAAGUUUGUUCCCAUUUAAGAUUACCACAUACAUUCCAAAGUCUUCCACUACCCAAAAUCGCCUUACAUGCAUCAAAUAGUAGAAUACCCGUGGAAUGUAUGGUGCUUAUCACAGUCCUAUUUAUUAAUGUCCCCUGGGAGUUACUAUUCCGAAUUACCAACCAAAUUGUACGGGGUUGGAAAUGGGGAUCAAAACAUUUAGACUCUCCUGAUAUUGGCUUGCACACACUAUAAUCAAUAUCCAAAUAUCUACAUUUAGAUACAGAUCCCUUACAUUCAUACUGUGAGUGCCAGAUGAGAGUUUGGGAUAUUUGGUUACCUGUUUUAGUAGUCUUAAUGCAACUAUCGCAAUUCGGUAUGUCUGUACUCCUACCUUCCUGAAAAAUCAUAAAAAUACUAAGACACAAUAAAACACAUUAUUCCUGAAAUCCUCAUUUUUCUUCGACCGUGCGAUGGCCUCUCAGCUUCCCGAUUGUGAGGGCUGCAAGGAUGUUGUUCUUCUGAUCCUCACUUUCCUUCACAGAGAUCCCUUCAAGAUACUCUGGCUAUGACACGUAGGCAGGUGGUCAGGCUUUAUUAUGGCCGUCAAAACACCUACUUGAUGAUCUUUGUAGACUUUUAACUAGAAUGUCUCGAUAUCCCCUCGUCACUCCGACUGAGUUGCACGCUUCAACCGGGUCCUGCAAGGAUUCUCAGGAUCUGGAGUAGUUUGCCAAGAGUCUGCUGCUGGUUUAACCUUAGAAUGAUGAAUCCAAGGAGUCACUUCCGCCACCUUUACAGCUGUUGGGGUAGAUAAAAGAACAACAUACAAAGGCUAACAGGAUACACCCCGAGCUUUAACUCAAUAUGUAUUGGUGGGAUAUUACGAGCAAGUCCUGGAGGAUUAUUUUCUUCCCAUACUCCUGGAAUGUCAAAUAAGGAUUCAUCACUCUUAGGGUUAACACUUGUCACUAUGGAAUAGAAGCGUCAUUCUUCUUCCCUUGGCACCGAUAUCACCAUUAUGCCUGGUAAUCCCUUAAACUUCAGAGAUGUUAAUCCAUUAGGUAAAAGGUUAUCUGAGCUUAAAGCUUCGAUAAUAGAUCUCGUCCUAAAAGUUGAAUCGGACACUCUGGCAUAUAUAGGAACUAAUGCUUCACCACAUGGCCUCUCAGAAUACAAGUGCGACUCUUAAGAACCGGUCUAGCUGCACUUCUCCCAGUAGCUCCUAUCACAGUUAUAGUCUUCCCCGAAGGCGGAGCCACCAUCUUAGUCACCACAGAAUGUUCAGCACCUGUGUUGAUCAUGAAAGAACUUCUCUUUCCCCCUAUUGCUACAUCGACCAUAGGCUCCGCUCGACCAAGUGGGAUGGAGCUCAGUCGGUAUCAAUAGUCUUCCAUGAUAGUGUCAGCCAGACCCGCAAAAUCUCUAUCCUCUCUUUCUCUAGGUCUCUGCGUGGGUGGAUAGUAUCUGUCUCCUUGAACACUUCCUCUACUAUUCCCAUCAUUCCCUCUAAAACUUCCUCUUACUCUAUAACUACCACUAUAACCUCCUCGUACCCUUCUCUCUCCUGUCUAUCACCUUCAUACUACUCUCUCUGUGGACACUCACUCUUCCAAUGUCCCUCCUUUCUACAAUACGCACAUUAAUUCCUACUUAAAGUCCCUUGCUCAGCCUAUUCUCGUCUCCUCUAUUCACUUCCCUGUCUUUCUACACUUAAGAUAGCUACCGCUAGCAUAUCUGCCUUUUUCCUCAUUUUACGUUCUUGCUCCCACUUUACCUCUGUCUCCCUAUUACUAUCACCUUGGGCCUGGCUGACAAAUGCUGAGUCUAUAAUUCGGAAGUUUUCAGGAUUGAAAGGAGUGUACAAUCUAUUUGACUCAAGCAGUGUCUAAUAUGGGACUUCGGCAAGGCUGCCCAAUAAUAGGUUCCAGUCUAGGAUUAGUAAAAUAGGUGAAAGGGGGUGAGCUAAUUUUAUUAGUCGGCAUUUGGUGGAUGAAAAAACGUUUUUGUUUAAAGUGUUAAACCAAAAACCUACCAGUAGGUGUCACCAGAGGGUAAUUGUAUCAAAAUAAUCUUUAUGGGUCUAAUAAGAAAACUCAACUUUUAGUAUAUUUAUACAUAAAAUAAAACCUUAUAGCAAUAAAUAUAUUAAAAUAGGGUAAGCAAUCCUACUUCUAUCUGUUAUAAACAAUGUAUUAUCAAUGUAACUCCCGAAGAUGGCCCGUAGGUGGCCUAGAGUGCCUCCCUAAAGUCUAAUGAAACAGAUAGACUUUAAUUAAUUAUGUCCCUAUUUUAUUAUUACUUAUUUUAAUCAAUGUCCACCCUGAUAUCUAGGCCUGAUUAAAUCUUUAGUUCUAAAGUAAAUUAAACAUCUCAGUUUGUAGUUUAGUAAAAAGGGGACAUUUUGGACAAAGCUGGGAGGGGCCCAUCCAGUAACUAAAAUAAAGACCAUAUACCAUCUGAUACCAUUGAUCAUUGAUUAGGGGGAGGGGUAGUACAGAAAUACAAGAGUUUGAAACACAGGAACAGAUAGGUAUGUGGGUAGGCGGGGACAGUAGAGCAGGGAGAGUGCAAAUACUGACUAUAUACCAGUUUUGUGAGUAAGAAAUGGGCGUGGCUACUCUGGCUCUGGAGGAUGUUUGGGGGGUUGGUAAUCAGAUGCCAGGGGGGGAGGGGAUAUCCAAAGCAGUUGUAAUUAAGUCCUUAGUUCUGACCACCAUAUGGCUACAUUGUUUCCCAUAUGACACAGUUUAACUCCAACAGUCAAUAUAUAGAAACUGAUCAUAGAAUUCCGGCCUACUAGUUACAGCCACAUGUACACCCUGCACUAAAUUUAAGUGAAGACUGCUACAUGGAGGCCAUGCGGCCACCAGGACAAGCUACUCCCUACUUUUUUUUUUUUUAAACAUACAAGACAAAGCCUUGUGAAUCAGAAGAUUAUUUCAACAGAGCAUCUGAUUCAAAAAGCUGUACAAAUAUACACACAGUUUCAACAGUCACACCAAUCUCCUUAUCACCAGCAACACAUUGCGCAGUCACUAGGCCCAAACACACACACAGGAUCCUCACAUGCUCAACAAUAUCACGACGUCGCACACACGAAAUUAAAUCAAAAACCCACCAAAGACUAUACACUUAUCAAUGUAACUAUUAUUCAAACCAUACAACUAUCCACGCUAUUAAUCCAUAUAAACUAACCGAUCACAUAACAUUUCAACAAAUUUCAUCUUUACAAUUAUCUGUACUAUAAAUCAACUUUUGACUAACCAACUAUAUCACAUUCUAGUAACCUCAUCUUUACAGUCAGUGGUUAUGGUACAGUUAGUAAGUGGUUAUAAUACAGUUUUAAAGUCACAGAUCAGUUAGUAACAGUUAUGGUAUUAUACAUAUAACAUAAAACAGCAAUUGUUAGUAAUUUUUACACAAUGUCAGUGGUUAUGGUACAUGUCAGUAGUUAUGGUACCGUGCGCUAUUUUACAGUUAUACACACAAUUUACACUCCCACUAGACAGCAGAGCUCUAACUUUCUAGUAGGACAUACAAGUUAACCAAUUCACCAACUACAAUAUAUUUAACAACAUUUACAAUAAUCCCAACUAUUCUAACUGGCCAGCACCUCGAGAGCUUUCGAUCUAUUUAUACACCAGAGAUUCGAUAAGUUCUUCGCUGCCCAGACACCACGUAUAGCGAACUAGAGGGCAGAAUUUACACAGUACCCAGCUAGUCUAUUAAACUAUCAAUAAGCUAGUGGCUGGAUUUACAACAGAGCACACUUAGUUAAGAUAGGGUGAAAUCUAGCAAACUAUAAUAUACAACAGAGUAUGCUAGUCUCCCGGUCCCCCCGACCUAGCGAACAAAAUUUACACCCUAGAUACGCUAGUCAAGACAGGACACCGGUGUCCGACAUGAGCUAUUUACACCAGAACUCAGUCUGACCCAAACCACCUAUAUUAGACGGGCUGACUACAGAGCGUCUAAUUUCCAGAUAAGUGUUGCGCUUUCACUUCUUCCAUCCAUAAGGACAGGGCAGAUUCCAAUAACCGGUUCCAAAUAUAAAACCCCUUGUGGGUCUACCGCUCUAACGGUAUCAAUCUCACCUGUUAAUUACUGGACCUGGGUUCACUCAUAGACGGAACAAUCCGGGACUCACUGCGCAGAAGCCGAUGAUCUCCUGGACAAAAGGCCAGUGGCGCCGAGACGAAAGGAGGUCCACGCAGUAGAAGUCCAGGAUUGUAGCGUAGAAGGUUUAGUAAAAGUUUACCGUCUCAAAUCUCUGUGCCAGCUUCCAUGCAAUGAGGUUCCCGGCCCAAUUGCACCAGAAAUGUUGCAGUGUAAGCAUGCAGAAGCCAAACACAGAAAUAUUGGACACAGGUCUUCAGGAAGUAACAGGCCUUUAUUCACAUUACCGAUCGGGUCUCAGAUGAACUCCUGUUCCAACAUUCUGAGAGACCAACACAUAGUGUACAUUCCUUAUAUAGCACUAUAACUCCUCCCAUUAAUAGCUACACCCACAUAUACCUUUAACCAAUCAAUGAGCAGACUAUAGACUUGUACAUCUAGUCAAACCACAUGGCUCAUCCAAGACAAAGGAAAUAAGUGCAAUUUCAGUUCCUGCAUUCCUGCACAUGCUCAGUACACUGAUGACAGUAUCCUAGCUACAUGUAGCUAACCAACUGACACAACAUACACAUAUGCCACAUGGAGAUUUUGGCCUACUAAAUUUUAACCAUGCUGGAAUCCCAUCACAAUCCUGCUGGUCCUCUUCAGCUCAUGCAGUCUGUGCAGUACAAAAGUACAACACCAAGAUCUUUUUGAGCAUCCCACGGGAGCCACCAUAGACAAUGCCUUAGUGACAGCUGGUGGAAAUGACAAAACAUAAUGCAGGUAGCUCUGCCUUUUGUCAGAUUUUGUCAAGCGUAGGGAAUAUAAUAAGACAAAGUAAUCCCUAUCUUGUUACAUAGUUACAUAGCUCUUAGUAUAUCUCUUGACAGCACUGGAAUUUCAACACAUUGUUUAGAUAUAAAGAUUUUAUAUUUAUAAAAUACUCACUUUGGAGGGUGUGUGUGGCAAAGCUGCUUUAAAGCUCUUUUAUGCAAAGUAAUUUGCUAGAUUGCCCAAAAGCUUACAAUCUAAAGGUUGCUUCUUGCAGAGAAGAACUGGUAUCACUGCUUCACUAUGAGGAGGAUUGCUUUCUGAUUUGAACAAGUGUUAGAAAUUAGUGGCGCAGGACACCCUUUUCUUUUCUCUAAUAGCUGGGAGGGUACAACUAAAGACUUUUGUAAAAGAAAACAGACAGGACUUUCAGUUAACACCUGAAUUUCUUUAGCAACCAGAAGUGUUUCAGGGAAAGGGAGCCUUUGAUUUACAGUAUGUCUAUAUAACAUCUUGCGUGUUUCGUCAAAAAAAUACCCAUAAGCAGUUUAAGUAUCAAUCUCUCCAUAUGGCAAUCCUUAUAAGCCAGUUUUUUUUUUAAAAUGUGUUCCUGUCUUCUCCCUUUGAUUUCAGUAUCACCCAGAUUUUCUACUGAUUUGGAUUCCCCAAAUACAUUGUCUGUGCUGGAGAAGAUUCUGCCAUUUAAUAUGUCUGCAAGGUAUGUAAAAUCAGCCUGGCUUUUACUAUGAUAACAUUUUGACACAAUAUCUAAUGUGAAACCAUUUAUUCAAAAGAUAAAUCUCCUGUGAUGUUCAGUAACUUGUUUUAUUAGCUGAGCUAUUUUUAAUAUAUUUAUACUGUUUUAAUAAAUCAAUUGUUUUUUUUAAAGAUCUCCUAUGAAACUUCUUUUGUUAGAUUAAUUUAGGGCACACAUCACUUUACUACUCUCUCCGCAGUCCAAUAAAUAUUAUUUAUUUUAGUUUUCAUGUUUGCUAGAAUAUUACAAACGUCAUUUCCAAGUCUAUAAUAUUUUCUAUAACAUUUUCCUACAGACUUAUACUUGCUUUAUUAUAUUUUUAUUGAGUUUUGAAUAUAUUUAUAGAAUAAAUUAAAGCAACACUAUAGUCAUUAGAACAACUACAGAUUAUUGUAUUUGUUCUGGUGAGUAUAAUCAUUCCCUUCAGGCUUUUUGCAAUAAACACAGUUUUUUUUUAGAGUAAAUGCAGUGUUUACAUUACAGCCUAGAGAUACCUCCACUGGCCACUCUUUAGACGGUUAUGUAAUGGCCACCCAGGUAGUGAGAGGGUUGUAUGCCGUUGGAGAUGUCCUUUUACCGGCAAGAGGCUGUGCUGCAGAGUAUUCCCAAUAUUCCAUCAACUGGAUCAGUGUAGAGAGGGAGGCAGAGCUUUUACAAGAGCUAGUAAUUUAGCUGGAUGCAGGUUCCCUUCAAUAACGAGACAAGGCUACGUAUUGCAGGUUAAGCAGAACUGUUUUAAUGGGCACACUUUUAUACACAUUUUCCCACAUGGUUACCACGCACGUGGACCUUGUUGGGCACUGUGACAAGACCAAUCUCGCCACAUUGCAUUGGAGGAGCCUGGUUGCUCGCCUGUUGCCUUUGGAAUAUGGCCCCAUGUUAAAAGGCUUGAUUUUCCACUGCAAAGACAUGAAAGCCGGGUCAUUUGGUGCUUGCCCUGUUUGAGUGGUGAUACCCCAGAUAGCUAUGCCAUGGAGCCUAUUCAUAUAAUGAAAGACUAUGGGAAAGACUUUGGCUCCAUGGCAAUUGAACUGUAUGUGUGUGCUCUGAGCGCCAUUCAGUAAUAAUGUGCGCUCAGAUCUGAGCUAUCUGGGGAUAUGUUGAAUGUACCUGUUUUGUACAAUGGCUGCACAGUUAUAUGUUUUUAUGUGUUUUAUUUUUUUUUGCUGCCAUGUGUUCAAUGGAAUUUUGCCUCUGUUCUUGGAGAUAAUUUGAUUACUUCCCAAUUAUCUCCAGGAUAGAAGACUCUGUGGAACUGGUUUUGGGCAGAAAAGCCAUGCUUCCUUUGGUCACAGAGGACUACUAUCUAUCUUUUGAACCACUGGACCAAUUUGUAUGAUUUUGACAUAUGUUUGUAUACGUGAAUGUGAUGCAUACUUUUCAAGUUAUGAAUAAUGUGGAAAAAUUGUAUUUCUCUGCUUGUGAUAAUUACAUUACCCAUUGUGUAAGGUAAUUGAAUCACAGGCAGAGGGCAGGAAUUUGUGUGGGAGUGUCUGAGUGUAUUGUAUGUGUUUAUUGGUUGUGUUCCAACACCCUGUGGGUGGUAAUAUUAUACACUAAUGUGUAUAUAAGAACAAAAAACAGACCACUGCUUGACCCUCAACACGGAGCUCUGUCUCGUUCUUUGGGGGAUUUACUGUAUGCUGUUAGAGACUGAUUGCUAGGAGUGUAAGCCGCUUGGAUGCUUUUCCUAUUCGUCUGCUAGCAGCUAUUAGUGAGGUUCCAGUUCGGGAGUUUGGAGUGCUAUUUUGUAUGCAGUUCGGGAGUUUGGAGCAUUCCCUUAUAUGCGGUUCGGGAGUUUGGUGUUCUGCAGUAGCUGUGCCUGUAUCUCUGGAAGGGGAAGAUCUCCUAAACUGCGGUUUAACCCUUUUAUGCUGAGGGUGCCGUUACAAUUGGUGGCAGCGGUGGGAUCGUUCCUACAGCCAGAAGGACAGCUACAGGAGACACCAUUUCUUUGGACUUUACAAACUGAGGGCAACGCAUGUCUGAGUACAGUGACCCUGACAGCAUCAAGAUGGAACCAGCAGUGGAGUACGAUGAGGGUGUCAUGGAUGACAGAGAUGCAGUUCGCAAAGGCAUCUGGUACCAGGCACUGGGCAUUGUGGAGUACCAGCGGGACGAGAGACUCCCCAAGGAAGACCAGCGAUUGCAGAAGCGACUAGCCCUGUGGAUGCCCUUCCUGGGAGAGCAGCCCCUGGAGGAAUGGGUUGAAGGAAUUGGAGCUCCGGGUAUGGCAGGAGAUUUGGCUGGAAGAUGCCUACCAGGCGCUCUGGUGGUAUGGGGCACAGUACCUGUCCUGGACAGCGAGCAUGACAAGCCAGAGAGAGAGGAGUUUGAUGGUCCUGGUUUGUUAUGGGAGGCUUUUUCAGAGCCUGAGUUUGGGAGCUCUACACAAACUCGGUUCAGUGAUCUCUUGGAGUGGAGGGAGAGCAGGUAUGACUGGGACGACACUCAUGAGAUUGAGCAAGACCUUAUUCACCUAGUGAGCCGAGAGAUGGAGCUGGAGCAGGGCUACCAAGAUCUGUUCCACUCCAGUGAGAAGGCUCAGCAGGGAAGCAGAGACCCAGAUCCAGACCCAUUCAGCUGGGCAGAUAUUGCAGAAUGUUACUGGGGAGAACCCCAGAUGGGUGGUGGAGAUGGGACCGAGGUCUCUCCACCGGUCCUGCAGGGAAUUGGGAGCCCAGUCUCCAUUCCCCAGCAGCAGAGUGAAUUGCAGGGAAUUGGGAGCCCAAGCUCCAUUCCCCAGCGGCAGGCUGAGUUACAGGGGACAGAGAUAGUUGGUCCUGUCCCCCAGCGGCAGUGUCCCUUGCAGGGAGAGGAGAGCAGCGUCCUCCCUCCCCAGUGGCAGUCGGCUCAGAUCCCCAGCGACAGUGUGAAUUACAGGGAAUUGGGAGCCCAGUCUCCAUUCCCCAGCGGCAGUAUGAGUCAUUGGGAAUUGGGAGCCCAGUCUUUAUUCCCCAGCGGGAGAUACAACAGGGAAUUGGGAGCCCAGUCUCCAUUCCCCAGCGGCAGAGUGUCCUACAGGGAAUAGAGAGCUCAGUCUCUGCACUUACAGCACAAGGGGUAGGGACGGUCUGUUCUGCCUCCCAGCGACAGGGCUAUUUAGCCAAAGGGGAGACAGUCGGUCUCCCCCUCCAGCAACUGAGUGGUGUAACCAAAGGGGAGACAGUCGGUCUCCCCCUCCAACAACCAGGCUUCAACCAGGCUACUCCCGUGGUAGCGCUGGCACCAGGGCAGAGUACCGCUGGUCUCUGCCCACUCAGCAACCCACCAAGUCAGUUUACCAGUCACCCACACAGCCGUGGUGAGGCACCUGGAUAUGGACAAAGUUCUCCCCUACCCAGGUGUAAUAACCAUUUAUUGUGGGUGGGCUGUAUUACUAUUUGUAUGUUGUGGGUGGGCUGCUGGACUAACAAGGGCACUGACCGGCAGGAGGUCUGAUACCCUGUUAGUCUGUUUGGAAAAGGGGAGAGAUGUGACGAGACCAAUCUCGCCACAUUGCAUUGGAGAAGCCUGGUUGCUCGCCUGUUGCCUUUGGAUUAUGGCCCCAUGUUAAAAGGCUUGAUUUUCCCAUGCAAAGACAUGAAAGCCGGGUCAUUUGGUGCUUGCCCUGUUUAAGUGGUGAUACCCCAGAUAGCUAUGCCAUGGAGCCCAUUCGUAUAAUGAAAGACUAUGGGAAAGACUUUGGCUCCAUGGCAAUUGAACUGUAUGUGUGUGCUCUGAGCGCCAUUCAGUAAUAAUGUGCGCUCAGAUCUGAGCUAUCUCGGGAUAUGUUGAAUGUACCUGUUUUGUACAAUGGCUGAACAGUUAUAUGUUUUUAUGUGUUUUAUUGUCUUUUGCUGCCAUGUGUUCAAUGGAGUUUUGCCUCUGUCCUUGGAGAUAAUUGGAUUACUUCCCAAUUAUCUCCAGGAUAGAAGACUCUGUGGAACUGGUUUUGGGCAGAAAAGCCAUGCUUCCUUUGGUCACAAAGGACUACGAUCUAUCUUUUGAACCACUGGACCAAUUUGUAUGAUUUUGACGUAUGUUUGUAUUUGGAGUAUGCUGUUUCUGAAAAUGUAAGUUAUAUGUGAAUGUGAUGCAUACUUUUCAAGCUAUGAAUAAUGUGGAAAAAUUGUAUUUCUCUGCUUGUGAUAAUUACAUUACCCAUUGUGUAAGGUAAUUGAAUCACAGGCAAAGGGGAGGAAUUUGUGUGGGAGUGUCUGAGUGUAUUGUAUGUGUUUAUUGGUUGUGUUCCAAAACCCUGUGGGUGGUACUAAUGUGUAUAUAAGAACAAAACACCACUGCUUGACCCUCAACACGGAGCUCUGUCUCGUUCUUUGGGGGAUUUACUGUAUGCUGUUAGAGACUGAUUUCUAGGAGUAUAAGCCGGUUGGAUGCUUUUCCUGUUCGUCUGCUAGCAGCUAUUCGUGGGGUUCCAGUUCGGGAGUUUGGAGUGCUAUUUUGUAUGCAGUUCGGGAGUUUGGAGCAUUCUCUUAUAUGCGGUUCGGGAGUUUGGUGUUCUGCAGUAGCUGUGCCUGUAUCUCUGGAAGGGGAAGAUCUCCUUUUAUGCUGAGGGUGCCGUUACAGGCACUGAAGACACAAACUUAAAACCAAUCAUUUACAGUUACACAGCUAAACAAUCCCAUUUAUUACUGUACAUUCCUCCCCUCUGCUUGGGAGAUAAUUGAAUUAAUUGCUGUAUCAACUCAAUUAUCUCCAAGUGAAAAAUUUAAUUUUUACCCAAUUUUCUUAGCACCAAAACUACACAUUUAAUUUCAAUAAAAGUUACAUGUUUCUGAACAAGCAUAACUAGGGGACAAGCAUACUCAAAAAUCAUACUAAUCCGUUCAGGGGUUCGGGAGAUAGCUGAUAGUCACAUCCCUGCCUGGCCGCACACAAGGCUCUUGCCCAAAAUAGUUCCAUACAUUCAGCUGGUGCGGCUGGUCCCUCUUCGUAUGUUAAAAAUACUGAACAGUUAUUCUUUUUAUUGUUCGUGAGUUUGCUGGUUGUGUGCCGCUCCGUUCGUGCAAUACCUUUACCACAUGCCGCCUCGUUUGUGUAAUUCUGGGUGAAGCUAAGUGGUCCUGGAAGUCUCAGCGGUGUUCGGGAGUUUGAGUGUCCAAAAAUAGUUCCAGACACUCGAUGACCAAACACGGCUGAACGCAUUCGACAAAACAAGAUGGUCACCGCCACAUGUUCGUACAUAUGAAUGGACGGCUACCCAGAGAACCACUUAGCAUGCUUGCGGUUUACGGUCUGGCACAGAGUCAAAAGGGUAAUUGGCGGCACACACCUGGGCUGGGUGGUCUCUCGUUCUGCAGUUUGUUCGUUCAUACGAAUGGGAUAGCAUUGUCAUUCGUUUUUCCAUUCCUAUGUUUAAAUAUAACACUGGUAACAAAUCCAGGAGGUUACAAUGUUUCAAGUCUGUUGUCCAGGCAACAACAGAAGUUCUGUUACAGGCUACUAGAGGUACUUCCUGGGACAGUGAUGCACACUGUGCAGCACUGCCAUUCAGUGUCUCCACCCUCUGCAUGGAGACACUGAACUUUCCUCAUAGAGGAAACUCCCGAACUGGAACCCCACGAAUAGCUGCUAGCAGACGAAUAGGAAAAGCAUCCAACCGGCUUAUACUCCUAGCAAUCAGUCUCUAACAGCAUACAGUAAAUCCCCCCAAAGAACGAGACAGAUUCAAUGUAUCUCUAUGAGGAGAUGCUGAUUGUCCAGGGCUGUAUUUGACUUGUGCUGGCUCUGCUCCUGAUCUGCCUUCUUGGCAAUCUCAGAUAAUUCUAUGGGAAAACAUUGUGAUUUGCUCAGAGAAUAACUUCUGAAGAUGCCAGUCAAAAAGGCAGAUCAGGGACAGAGACAGCAGCUGAAGACUUCGAUAUAGUUAAGAUUUUGCUAUAUCUAGGGGGGCAAGGAGGGAUCUGGGGGGGUGGGCAGGGGCUAGAUGGUGUGAUGUGUGCUCCUUUAACUGAUAUCUAGUAUGUAAUAAAAUUAAACAAAGAAAGAGACAAGUUACAAAUAUUUUGUACACUGUAGAAUAAAAUGUGUAAAUUUAACUUGAACCAUUAUCUCCUCCAGCUAUACCUACGGACAACCUGUGCCUGGAACCAUUACAGUGAAGUGUUGUUUGCAAAAUGACAUAUAUGGCAGAAGUAAAAACUGUUAUAAAAACUCAUGCUUAAAUAUUACAGGAAAGGUGAGUGCUGUCUGCGUUUGAAUAGAUGCUUUAAAGUUCGGUGAUGUCUGAUUUAGUGGACAUACAGUUGUGCUAAAUUGCAUAUUAGUGGAUCAAAGUUUGCAUACCCUUAGAGAAUUAGUAAUCUAUGUACCAUUUUGAAAGAAAACAUGAGUGAGCAGGCAAAACACAUUUCUUUGAUUUCUUAUGGGAUUCAUAUUCAACUGUAGGUUAUAACAGAAUGGCACAAUCAUAUAACAAAACAUGUCAACAAAGAAAAAAAAUGAAAUGACCCCACGUUCAAAAGUCUGCAUACCCUUAGUUCUUAAUACUGUGUAUUGCCCCCUUUAGCAUCAAUGACAGCGUGCAGUAUUUUGUAAUAUUUCACUAUGAGGCCCCUAAUUCUUGCAGGUGGUAUAGCUGCCCAUUCGUCUUGGCAAAAUGCCUCCAGGUAAUGCAAACAUUUUUGGUCGUCUUGCAUGAACCGCACGUUUGAGAUCUCCCCAGAGUGGCUCGAUGAUAUUAAGGUCAGGAGACUGGGACUGCCACUCCAGAACCUCCACCUUUUCAUGCCCUAACCACUGAAUGUGAGUGACCCAUGCAGAAGAAUGCAAAUUGUCUGCCAGUAUUUUCUGAUAACAUGUUGCAUUCAUCUUGCCAUCAAUUUUCACAAGAUUCCCUGUGCAUUUAGAACUCACACAGCCCCAAAACAUCAGUGAGCUACCACCAUGCUUCACAGUGGGGAUGGUAUGGCUGUGACCAUAAAGCUCUAUUUUGGUCUUGUCACUCCAAAUUACAGUAUCUCAGAAGCUGUGAAGUGUGUAAAGGUGUUGUCAAGCAUAUUGUAACUGGGCUUUUUUUGUGGUGACCAUGCAGCUCAUUUUUGUUCAAGUAUCAUCGUAUUGUGCUCCUUGAAACAGCCACACCGCAUUUUUCCAGAGAAGCCUGAAUUUCACAUGAGAUUAACUAUGUGUUUUUCAUUGUAUCCCAAACAAUUCUUCGUGCAGUUGUGACAGAAAUCUUUCUUUGUCUACCUGACCUUGGCUUGGUUUUAAGAGAAACCCAAAUUUUCCACUUGUGAUUCCAAUAAGUGAUUGAACAGUACUGAUUGGCAUUUUCAAGGCUUUGGAUAUCCUUUUAUAACCUUUUCCAUCUUUAUAAGGUUCCAUUACCUUGUUAAGCAGGUCUUUUGACAGUUAUUUUCUGCUUCCCAUGGCUCAAUAUCUAGCCUGCUUAGUGCAUCCAUGUGAGAGCUAACAAACUCACUGACUAUUUAUACACAGACCCUAAUCAUAAUUUUAAAAGGUGUGGAAAAUUAACCUUUAAUGGCCAUUUUAACCUGUGUGUGUCACCUUGUGUGUCUGUGACAAGGCCAAAUAUUUAAGGGUAUCAGGGCCAUUUGGAUGAUUUCUGUUAUAAAUACGAUUUGAAAAUGUGAUAAUAAAUGACUUCAUAUGAUCAAUAUCCUUCAAAAAAAUACAUUUUUUUUGCAUGAUCAGUCAUAUUUUCAAAAUCAAUGCCAAAAUGUGACAAUUUCUGCCAGGGUAAGCAAACUUUUGAGUACAACUGUAUCUGAAUGUUAAUGUGAAUAUAUUAACUGAUUGUUCCUUUUCCAUAUCAUUAAAGCUGGACUCAGAGGGUCAUUUCCAUGGUGCCUUUGAACUAAAAUCAUUUGACAGUGGGUUCUCAGGAUCCCAUAGAAGUUUUACUUUGGAUGCCAUUGUGACAGAGGAUGGAACAGGUGACGUAUAGCCACAAAAAGCAAAAAACUGAUCCUGCUCAGUGUGAAAAUAUUGAUAAAUAUCUACAAAGACCCAUCUUGUGCUGCGGUAUUUACUGGGAAUUACAAGUGUAAAAGAAGUCACAAGGUGAAACUGCACUGAUACAAUGUAGCCAUGUGAUGGCUAACCUUGACACCAUGAUUUUUUUCUGGACUACAUUUCCCAUUAUGCUCAGCUAGCUUUUAGACUCUAAAAGCUAGCUGAGCAUCACGGGAAAUGUAGUCCAAACAAAAUUUAUGGUGUCAAGGGUAGCCAUUAUCAUUGCUUGUCACUCCAUGAAUCUCCCGGGACAAGGGGAACCUUGUUGCAGAUUUAAACCAUCCUUGUUUUAUUGGUAAGAGUUUUUAGAGUUUACAGUCUAGCAGAAAUGGGACCUGUGAUACACUAUGUAUAGACAAAGCUCUGAAAUGAAAUAAAGCUUGAUGAAAUAAGACAUAUUGGAUGAUUGUAGAUAUUUAUGAGAGACAAGCUUACUGUAAUGAUUUAGAAGCUUAUUUUAAAUAGAUACAUGUCGAUGGGGUGUUUAAAGAUGAUAGAUGAGUUCUAGAUAUGGGGACCUAUUCUGCUCUACUUCAAUUCCACGAACAGGCGAAAAACAAACAUGACACAAUCAAAACAUGUAAACCUAAAAAGUAUUUAACCCCUUCCCGACCUCCGACCCAUCAAGUAUGUCCGACAAAAAAAGUCCUUAACCCUUUAAGGACACAUGGCAUGUGUGACACGUCAUGGUUCCCUUUUAUUCCAGAAGUUUGGUCUUUAAGGGGUAAAAGAGCCACUAUAGUCAUCCAGACCACUACAGUUCAAUGAAGUUGUCUGGGUGCCAGGUUCCCCAGGUUUUAAUACAAAGAGAUAUGUGCACAAUAUGGAGGAGGGUGAACAUGAAGCUCUAACACUUAAAAAUAGAUAAUAUACAUACAUACAAAAGAUGGAGCUUCUGAAUAGUAGUUCAACAGAUAUUCUGUAAAAUAAAAUUAUACAACAAUAGUGCAAUACAGUAUUGAUAAAAAGCUUGAAAAGUAAAAUACAAGAGUGGUGUCACUCACAGGCCUGGAGUCAUACCCUCAUAUGACUUGGAUAAUAUGCGCCUUUGGACCAUCCCAGGAUGUCCAGAUCCUUCUUCUCCAGAUUGUUCUGUGCUUUAUUGACCCUUAACCAGCUCAAGAAUAUGCAGAUGCCAGGUCAGAGAGAUUUCUUUAAGAAAAGGUGAUUUAUUGAUCCAAAUAAAAAUUACACAAUAUAAAAACAAUAAAAGUGUACCAAAUAAACUUCUGGGUAGGCUGUAUAGUCCGUAACAGUGUCCAAAUAAAAAUUACACAAUAUAAAAACAAUAAAAGUGUACCAGAUAAACUUCUGGGUAGGCUGUAUAGUCCGUAACAGUGUCCAACCCAAAUAAAAAUGUAUUGGACACUGUUACAGACUAUACAGCCUACCCAGAAGUUUAUCUGGUACACUUUUAUUGUUUUUAUAUUGUGUAAUUUUUAUUUGGAUCAAUAAAGCACCUUUUCUUAAAGAAAUCUCUCUGACCUGGCAUCUGCAUAUUCUUGAGCUGGUUAAGGGUUAAUAAAGCACAGAACACUCUGUGCUUUAUUGAUCCAAAUAAAAGUUACACAAUAUAAAAACAAUAAAAGUGUAUUUUACUUUUCAAGCUUUUUAGCAAUACUGUAUUGCACUAUUGUUGUAUAAUGUUAUUUUGCAGAAUAUCUGUUGAACUACUAUUCAGAAGUUCCAUCUUUUGUACUUAUGGAUAUCCCCAGGUUUUAACCCUUCAGAUGUAAACAUCCAAUGUUUACAUUGCAGGGUUAAUCCAGCCUCUAGCGGCUGUCUACCUGACAGCCGCUAGAGGCGCUUCCCCGACGCUCAAUGCGAAAAUCGCAUUGAGCACGCAGGAUGUCCAUAGGAAAGCAUUGAGAAAUGCUUUCCAAUGGGCAUUUUAAUUUUUUUUUAUAAUUCUUUAUUUUUGGUGCAAAUCUUGGCAAUUUUGACAAAAUAGGUAAAGUAUGCCACAGCGGCAAAUAUAAGUCGGCAGACAGUUGUCUUAACGGUAUGAAGCAUGACAUUGAUGAACAUUGCACAUUUUCUAUAAAUAGCUGUCUAGACAAUGGUUACUAGCUGUCAUGUCUAUAACAUCUAUGUUCCUAUACAAAAGCAGCACUCUUGAUCCGAAUGUGUCUAAAGGUUUUUCUGUAUGUAGGAGGGGUUGGUACGCCGCCUGGACCAUCGUGGAGUACUAUCAACUGUAGUGAUUAACCCUGUUUGUACAUUUUGCUUUUAAAGAAGCCUCUUGUGUAACAUUUAUGUACAAUGACAGGUACCCUCUUGUGGUGGGAAGUGCUCCUUUGUUUGGGCCUUUGUAGGGCGAGAGAUGUAGUGCCUACUAGGUAUCUAAGGAACCAUGGUUCCACUAGCCUUGUACCUUACGUGUAGGGUAGGUUUAGCAAAAGACAUGUCUGUCUAAAGGUGGGGUUGACCGCUUGGUACGGUCAACAUGGGUCAAUGCAGGCUGCGUUGUUGAGGCUUGGUUAUGUCCUAUAUCUAUUUGGACAAGUGUUAUCUUAUGGUAUAUGUAGUGCAGGGAGCAUAUCAUUGCCUGCUAGGGUUUGUGGAGUUGUGUGCCUAAUGCGUUUGGGGAGUUGGUGAGCAGUCCGGGCCAAAGUGAUGAGGCUGUUAUAGGUCCCCAGUCCCUAAGGGUGGUGAGCUUAGAAGCUAUACUGGGUUGGAGACAUGUAGGUUAGUCUAGUGUGCUAGGAGCUGAGGUUGUGUGGGUAGCCCUGGGUAUACCCGGUCUGGUCCGCUUGGUGCGGAGUGAUGUUUAAGGGUCAUGUGGGUGGGUAAGUUAAGGCUGCAGAGUGGGUAGUGCCCCUUUACCAUGGGGGGGGGGGGAGGAGGUUAUGUUGCCGGGGUUGGGUGUCAUGGCCUUUGUGGGCCUCGUCUGUGUAUGGGCACCAGGUAGGGUUCUAAGCCCUUAAUAGCUACCAUAUGCAAAACAAAAGAACAUUAACUAAAGAUAGAGAUUAACAAAAAUAAACAUUUUAUUAUGUCAUUGCGGCAUCAGGUUGCAGAACUUUGACUGUCUAUAGGGACAAAGGUGUCUGCCACAUUCCACUGGUGAGACCGAGGCGGAUCUGUCGAGGGAGUGUUGCGGUCAUCUAGACCCAAGGCUGUUAGUAGUGCAUGGUCGUCUUUAAGAUCCGCUGCCUUGUACGUUUUCCCAUCAUUAGUAGCUAAGAGAGAGCCCGGGUCGCCCAUCUGUAUGAAAGUCCAGCUUUUUGCAGGGCUGUCGUAAUGGGCUGCAUUGACUUGCACCACAGCAGCGUGGUUCGGCUUAAGUCCUGGAAGUGGGAUAUAGUGCAGUCUUCAAAUUCAAAGGCAAUCUUUCCUUUAAGGGCCAUCAUUAGGCCUAUUUUAUCAGACAGGGUUUGGCAUCUCAAUAUGAUAUGCCAAACCCUGUUGCGGGAGCUUGGGGUGAUUUAGCAAUGCGGUAUGCCCCCUCAAAGGAGAAGUAUUUAGCCUGUCUCAUUAAUAGUAUGGUGGCUACCAGUCAUCUGAUAAAGUGGUGGAGUUCUUCCGGGGAUACUGUCUCAGGAACCCCUCUAAUCUUUACAUUCUUCCUCCUGCCUCUGUCAUCAAGGGUUUUACCUUGCCUUGUGAUUGCAGUUGUGUGCUAUUUGUAGUUGGUGCACCUUGUUGCCAAGUGAUUGCAGUCCCUGUUUAAGGUCCAUAACCUCUUCUUCUGUGGCUCGGGUCCGUUCUGUCACAGCUUGUACUUCUGUAGCCAUUAAUGCCAAGUCUGCUUUGCACAUUUGCUGCAGCAUAUGUUGCAGGCCAUUUAACAUGGUUUGGAUAUGCUGCUUAGUGGCUAGUGCUGAGUUCUCCGCCGCCUGUAAGGUCUCUCUGCCUGGUGGGCUGUGGGGGCGCUAUAUAUAAUAUAUAUAUAUUUUUUCUUUUUUUAUUAUCUCUCUACCCUCCCUCCCUCUCCCCUGCCACUGAUCGGUCUUCUUAUUAAAAAGUUGUAAAAAAGUAAAAAAAAAAGAUAUAUAUGUUAAUAAAUAUAUAUGUGUAUAUGUAUAUAUGAGAUAUAUAUAUAUACCUAUAUUAUUAUAUAUAUAUAUAUAUAUAUAUAUAUAUAUAUAUAUCUUAUACAUAACAUCAUACUAAGUGUAUUUUUUAUUAAUAUAUAUACCGUAUAUAUAUAUAUAUAAAAAAUAAAUAAUUAUUAAAAAUAAAUAAAAAACUGUAAAAUAAUUUAAUUUUUAUAUAUAUAUAUAUAUAUAUAUAUAUAUAUAUAUAUAUAUAUAUAUAUAUAUAUUUAUUUGUGUAAGGGGCAAAUAGCCGUAUAUGGAGUAAGGUUCAAGUAAGAACUUGGAUAGUAUAAAAGAGCAAGUCGGUUGUGGUGUGCCGAGACUGCCGAUAUGGUAGGCCUGUAAAUAAAGAGGGCCCACCAAGGAUUAAGAAAAGUAACGUAAAGGAAAAGAAAAGAGAAAGAGAUAAGAUUGAGGAGUGGGUGUGAGGGUGGGAAGGUAAUUCAGAAGCUGACCUUGAUCAGUAUGGAGUCAGGUAAGGGGUAUACCUUAUAUAGGGGAGUGAGUUAACUUAAGCCCCUCCCACAAUUACAGGCCAUAUAUGGAGUAAGGUUCAAGUAAGAACUUGGAUAGUAUAAAAGAGCAAGUUGGUUGUGGUGUGCCGAUACCGACGAUAUGGUAGGCCUGUAAAUAAAGAGGGCAAAAGUGAAUAACCAAAAAGAUUUAAUACAGUCAACAAUAAAUACAAUUAUCCAGAUAUAACUUUAAAUGCAUUUCUUAAUUCUUGUGUUGACUUGGGUAUAAAAGUGGUAUAGGCGGAUGACUUCCAACAUCCCACUUUAUGACUUUAUGACGUGUACUGGUAUGUUAGCGCUGGAAGCAGUGGAGGCCGCCCCUAUGCGAAAGGAGUGAACCGAGUAGUGAGAAGGGUUGAAGCCUAGCAUUGUUAGCAGGGAUCGGAUUUAUCUCAUGAACGUAGUGGUAGUGAGUACAGAGCCGUGUAGUGCGAAUAAAUGUUGUGAUGGUAGUGAUGUGGUAUGAAGAAGGUAGGCGUCUAGGGCCUAUCAUUUGUUCUGGGUAGGGUAAUAAGUGAUUUCCACUGGGGGUGCGUGUUGGCUUGUUUUUGAGAGGUAGUGCCAAUAUAUAGUGGUCCAUAUGUUUGCGUAGGUGCAUGUGUAGAAGGCAUCUGUCUGUCUGAGUGGUAGUGAUAGUAGUGAAUUUCCUUGGCCUAAGGAACCCGUAAAAGGCUGUGUACAUGGCAGCUUUAAUGACUUUAUUGGUGGUAGAGUGGAAAGGUUUGGAGUCUAAUAGGUCAGAUAAUGACUGAAAAAGUGUAUUGUCUAUAGGUAAUCUCUGCAGGGAUUGUGGAUGCACAGAUUUUGGAAUACCUCUGAGUGUAUUCUUUAUCUGAUAAGAUGCCAUGAAGCUAUGUGUAUUAGGUGGUAAGGUUAGCAUGUGAUGUUGUAUGCCUGUAAGAUAUAAUUUAAUGGUGUUGUAAGAUAAGUGUAAUGUAAGAUGGCAAAAGGAAGCGAAGGCUAUGAUAGAUGUCGUGACAAACGGUUGGGAUAUGUUGUGAUCGGAUAGAAAUCUGGUGAAUUGUGUGAAGGCUCUGUUGUACGUAUUGUGAGUGUUGGAUGAUAAUGCUAAUUUGGGUAGAUCCCUGUUGCAUGAUUAGUUCUAGUCCAUGGUUAGCUGUAGGAACGGAGGGGCGGCUUUGGCUGCUUGAGUGGCUGACGGAAGUGCUAGUCAAAAGGCAUGAAAGUUGAAACAAGACAGACUGUCAGCUGCUAUGUUACUAAUACCUGGAACAUGAAAGCAAACCAAGUAGAAGUUGUGACAUGCUGCCAACCACAUGAGUUUCCUGAUAAAUCUCAUGAGUGUAAGGGAUAUUGAAUGGCCUUUGUUGAUUAUGUGACAUAUGGCCUGGUUGUCUGGUUGGCGACAUGUCGGACAAUCUGGGGAGGAAUACGUUUUUACCAUUCCAGGUGGUCAAGAAUUCCUUCCACAGGUAUAAGUCUGCUGUGGCUUGUAGAUCCAUGGAUAGUCUAUGGUUGUUGUGUCAGAAGUGUGGGAAAAGACAAAGAAGUCUGGAUAUGAAAGCCUGCCAUUGUGGGAUGAUGUGCAUGGCAAAGUUUAAGGAACCUAUGAGGGAUUGAAGUUCCUUGCGGUUGCAAGUACUGAGAAAGAUAUAAUGAUUUCUGCUUUUGAGAAUGUUUAUAAUUUUCUCUUGUGGCAAGCUUGCUUGCAUGGAUGCCGAGUCAAGUUGUGUGCCAAGAAAUGUAAUGAUGGUGUCUGGACCUUCUGUUUUCUUACGGGAUACUGGGACACCCAAGUGGUCAAACAGACUAAAGGCUUCUUUAAGGCUUCUGGGGGGAAGGGAGUUCCCUUCUAUCAGCAGAAAGUCAUCUAGAUAAUAGAUGACUAUGGGGCAUCUAGAAAUGUUUAGUAAUAACCAGCAAAGUGAUUCUGCAAAUGUGUUGAUGAUUUUUAGGCUACUUUUUGACCCAAAGGUUAAGCGGGAGAAAAAAAAUAAUAUUUAUCUGCCCAUUUUAUGCCAUGUAAGUGCUAGAGUGUUGGGUGGAUUGGUAGUAAUUUGAAGGCUUUUAUAAUGUCUGUCUUACUUAGCCAAGCUUCGACCCCUGUUUGUAUGAUGGCUGCGAUGGCGUGAUCUAUGGUGGCAUAUUGUAGGGAAAACUCUUCAGAGGGAAUGAAGGAGUUGAGACUUGGGUUAGUAGAGGUAUGAGGGGCUGAGAGAUCUAUGAUGAGUCUCUGUUUAAGGGAAGGUUUCCUUGUAACAAGCCCUAUGGGAUUUGUGCGCCAUGCCGUAAACGGUGGGGUUGAAAAUGGCCCGAACAAGAACCCAAUUCUCGGGUUAUAAGCGUAUUUACGGCCAUUGGGUUCUGUUUUGAUGAUUGAUGAUUGUAAAUUAGGGCAUUCUAGACGGCCUGUGGGCAUAUGUAUGAUGCUAACAGACGUUAGGUACGGUUUAGAGUACAUUUUAUUUGGACACAUGGUUUAAGCAUGUGCCCUGAAACAUUGUGAACAAAUAUGCAAUAGUCUGCAUGCACUGAAGCUACAUGUGCCCACAUUGAAAUUAUUGCAAAUCUGGGAUUUGCCAAAGAAAACCGGCCCGUCAUGGAAAACAGCGGGGGCUGGUGCUCGCAUAGUGCCGGCCCAGGAUAGACCAGCAGGGACCUCCCCUGCCAGCCUUGGUCCAUGGCCACCGCGGCCCACCAAUGGCCGGUCCGGGCCUGGGACCAACAUAUUAAAAAAUCAUGCAAAUCAGUUCAGGGGUUCGGGAGAUAGAUGGAAGUUCAAUUUCUGCCCGGCCGCACACAAGGCUCCUGCCCAAAAUAGUUCCAUGCAUUCAGCUGGUGCGGCUGGUCCCUUUUCGUAUGUUUAAAAAUUGGCACGAAUCUAAGUGGUCUUGGAAGCCUCAGCGGUGUUCGGGAGUUCGAGUGUCCGCAAACAGUUCCAGAGACUCGACGGCCAAAUCCCGCUGGACGCGUUCGACAAAACAAGAUGGCCGCAGCCACGUGUUCGUGCAUACGAAUCGAUGGCCACCCAGUGAACCACUUAGAAUGUUGAAGUUGCAGUUUGGCACAGAGUCAAUGAGUCAAUUGGAGGCACACGUCUGGUUUGGGUGGUCUCUUGUGCAACAGUUUGUUCGGUUAUACGAAUAAAUUAACAGGGCUGUUCAUUUCCAAUUCGUAUGUUGGGGUUAUAGGUUUAUGAGUUCAACUGUUAACAAUUAUUAUUAUUUUAUCAUUUAUAUAGCGCUAUCAGAUUCCGUAGCUCUGUACAAUGGGUGGACUAACAGACAUGUUGUAACGGAACUCCCCGUACGCCGACCGAGUACCUUCCGUUGAUGGACGCAUCCUAGCUUGCACCGAGGACCACAAGCACCGCACCGGACUCUACAACCACUGCAGACUCCACAACCGCCAUAGCUUAACUGGAGUCUCGCCGUCUUCCUUCCACCCUUUGUCAGCUUCUGUCCUCCAGGGCCAUGUGGGAAAGACCUCUUCCUUCCACCCUGUAUGAACCUCCAGCAUCCAGGACUGUGUGGGGAAGACCUCUCCUCCAGGAGAGUGUAUCAGGAACAGCUCUUAGAAGAGCUAGGUGAUUUAAAGCUCAAGGGAGUAUGCACCACUGCUGGGGAGAGAGGCCGGCUGCCUCACCUUCCUGCAGAACACACUGCUGCUGGGGGGAGAGACCGAUUGUCUCCUCUCCCUGGGACUCACUCUGCUGCUGGGGAGGGAGACCGAUUGGGAGAGAGGCCGCUGGGGAGAGAGGCCGGCUGCCUCCUCUCCCUGCAGGGUCCACUGCUGCUAAGAAGUGAGACAGGUUGUUUCCUCUCCCUGCCCUGGUGGUACCUCCAAGGUAUACUGGGACUGACUGGAGCUGAGUAGGUACUGGUAAUCCUGCUCCAGUUCUCAUUCCUGGAUGGCCAAUUCAAACAGGUCUGGCUUUAGCCAUCAGCCAUAGGGAGAUCCAGCAUGGCUUUUCUGUAGUCAUGUACAUCCCAAAGCCAUGAUUCUGCAGCACUCCCGAACUCCGGUUCGGCAAAGGCCCCUCAUAGAAGGACAGGGCCAUUGUAAUCCUUGCCCUCCCGUCUGUCGUACUUGGCCAUUCCCGGGCACCCGCUGAACCGUGUACCGAUGUAACGCCUGGUAUGCUUCGUUGAUCCACAGUUCACUAGGUGCCAGUGACUUAAGCUGCCUCACCAACUCCCACCUGGGCUGUUCUCCCAGCAUAGGUAUCCGUAGGCCCACUCGGGCCUGUAGUCGCUGCUCCUCGCUGGGGACACGCUCAGCUCGCCAAUGCUGGACACCCUCCAGGGUUUAGUCCCACAUCUCUUUUCUGGCGUCCUCUCUGCAGUCCAACUGGGUCGCCUCUGAUACUGGCCCACCCAGUGGGGCCAAGAGGUUUUGUAACCUCCAGUCGAACUCAUCCUCCACUUCCAGCGCUGUCCAGGAACUUGCUGGCUCCAUACCGCUCCGUAAUAAUCCCAGUGUCUCCAGGGUGCUGUUCAUCUCACUAGAAAGCCAUCCCACCGCUUCCACCACUGUAACGGAACUCCCUGUACUCCAACCAAGUACCUUCCAUUGAUGGACACUUCCUAGCUUGCGCCUAGGACCACAAGCACAGCACCGGACACCACAAUCACUGCAGACUCCACAAACAUCGUAGCUUAACUGGAGUCUCGCCGUCUUGGAUCAGCUUCUGUCCUCCAGGACCGUGUGGGAAAGACCUCUUCCUUCUACCCUGUAGUAACCUCCAGCAUCCAGGACUGUGUGGGGAAGACCUCUCCUCCAGGAGAGCGUAUCAGGAACAGCUCUUAGAAGAGCUAGGUGAUUUAAAGCUCAAGGGAGUAUGCAGAGCAUAGCAAUCCCCAGUGUGAUUAUAGCAGUUCCCUCCAAUAAGGAGACAAGGCUACGUAUUGAGGGUCAAGAAGAUCUGUUUUAAUUAACACCAAAGGGCCUUCUUUUAUGCAGGUUUACACAGGUUACACAUACAGUACCGCCCACAGGGUUUUGUAGAACAGCCAAUCAAACACAAUACCAUUCAUUAAAGCAAAAUCCUCCCCUCUGCCUGUGAUAUAAUUACUGAACACAAUGGGCUAACGUAAUUAUCACAGGCAGGAAAAUACACAGUUUUACAUAAUAUUCAUAACUUUAGUAUACAUCACAUUCACAUAAAACUUACAUUUUCAGAAUCAGCAUUCUUUAAAUAUGAACAUAACUAAAAAUCAGACAAUUCCACACAGUAGUUCAAAAGUUAGCUGGAAGUCCUUUAUGACUGACCACAAGCACAUUUCUCUGCCCAAAACAGUUCCAUAGAUUUGGGCUGUGCGGUCGGUCUAUUUUACACAGAAAAAUGACUAAGUCCCAUUCGAAUGCACCAACGGGGCCAUUCGUGCAUUUGGCUCAGUAUAACAGUGAGUUCAAACAGCCGAACGGGACUUAGUGUCUGUGGCUGAAAACUCAGUGCAGGAGAAGGUAAGAGUCAACGCUGUUCGUUGAAAUGUGUAGCCGAUUUCAGUUCCAUGGAUUUGGCUACACACACCGCUGACCGCGUUCGAUUUAACAAAGAUGGCCGCCGCCACGUGUUUGUUUGUACGAACUGCGGCCACCCAGCGGUCGGCAAUUUACCUACAGCAGGCUCCAAGCCUGGGAGGUAAAUUGCCUGCACGCUUCCACUUCUGGAUGUUCCGCCUGUACAGUACUUGGUUCAGUAAUUCCCAUUUACUGAACCAAGUGGGAGAAAGCCAUAAGAAAAGUAUAUAUUUUUUUUUAAUUCUUUAUUUAUUCCAAGGCAAGACUGUACAUCCAAGACAGAAUAUAACACGUUAUCACAGUAUAUUAUUACAGUCAGGUUUAUCUCGCAUUUUCCUAAACAUUAAACAUUUGUUUCUUUCCUAUCUUUGUAAUUCAUUGUAACAGAUAGUGAGAUUAGUAAACAGCCCGUCUCAUAUAUAGCUGAAAUUACAAUGCAACCAUUACUUGUUCCGUUUCCCAUCCGUUAGCUUUUGAAAUCAUGUGUCUAUAUCAAUUAGUAAUGCAUUGUAUUAAAGAACGGAUGGUAGUAGUAGAACGAACGUGAGAGAUUCUCACAUAGGAUAGUAUGAUAAAAUAGUAAGAAGGGACUAAGGGAAGAGGGGGGAUCAAGAGGAAGUAGAGGAGCCGGGGGGGGGGGCGCAAGGGGUGUCAAGCUAGCUUGCCUUUGCCCAAGACUGGUCUGUCUGGGGGAGCCUCCAAUUGUGGGUCUGUCAAGCAUUCACUGCACUAGUUAUCCAAGGGCCCCAUAUUUUUUCAAAUGUUCUCGUGGUUCCUCUUACCCGGGCUGCUAGACCAUCCAUCAGGCAAGUAUCUUUAAUUUUUUGUAUCACCGCAGAAAGACUAGGGGCCUCUCUAUGCAGCCACACCUGUGCCAAAGAUGUCCUAGCGGCCAGAUUUAAUCAAUGCAAUAAAGUUUGUUCUGCGUUAGUCCAAUUUUCUAUAGAUCUGGACAGUAGGAAUACCCAUGGGUCUAGCUUAAUCUCUUUCUCAAAUACGUCUCGCAGCAUCUGUGCAACUUGUUGCCAAUAAACCUGUACUAUUGGGCACUUCCACCACAUGUGGAGAUAUGUUCCCUUUAGGCUGCAUCCCGCCAGCAUAGGUCAGUUGGAAUUUUAUUAAUUCGGCAUAAUUUUACCGGUGUAGUAUACCAUCGAAAUAGUGUCUUAUAUGAUUGUUCCUGCAGCGAGACACACAUAGAGGGCCGCGCGGCCACCUCCCACAUUUCCUGCCACUCCAUACCCUCCAAUGUCUCGCCCAAGUCUGCCUCCCACUGAUCUAUGUAUGUAAUUCCUCGCCAUUCUAGUGUGUUGUUGCAUAGAUGCGUGUAUACAUAUGAGAUCAAACCGCUCGGAAAAUUUUCCUUUGCACACAUCCUUUCGUAGAAUGUCAUCUGUGUCCCUGCGGCUUUCUUUACCUGAGGGUCUUGGGCAUAGUCUCUAAGCUGGAUAUAUCUGAAAAAGUCAAAGGGUUUCAGAGGGGUUCUGGUUUGCAGUUCCUCGAAUGUUACAAAUGACCCCCCCUCGAACAGGUGAUAUAGUCUUUGCUGCCCUGCGUGUUCUAUGCCUCUGAAAUACCGGGCUGUCAUUCCCAGUGUGAAUGCUUUGUUCAUUAAGAAAGGGGUAAAUGGAGAAGGGGAGGAUAUCAGGCUAUAUUUUGUGGCAGCUGCGUCCCAGAUCUUCAGUGAGUUUGAGAUUGCCGGGCAGAUCAUGCUAAUGGUUGGUCUAUGUUCCUUAGGAAUCCACAUAUAAAACUGAGGCAUAUCCAUUCCCAUAAGGGAUGAUUCCAGGUCCACCCAUCUUCUUUCCUCUAAGGGAGAGUGCCACAGCGCCACCUGGGCCAGUUGGGCCAGCUCAUAAUAAAAAUACAAGUGCGGAAGGCUCAGGCCCCCUCUGUCUCUAGCUCGAUAUAGGAUGUUACGUGAUACCCUAUGUUUCUUGUUCUGCCAUAUAAAUUUACCAAUGGCUUGUUGGAGUGGUCCCAGAUCAGAUCUAGUUAGUCUAAUUGGGAGUGCCAGAAACAAGAACAAUAUUCGAGGCAGCACAUUCAUUUUCACUGAAUGGAUCCUCCCUAGCCAGGAAAUUGCUUUUUCUGUCCAGUUUUCCAUGUCUGCCAUUAACGUCCUAAUCAACGGGGUAUAAUUCUAUUGGUAUAAUUGAGAUGGGUCCGCAGUCAGUCGAAUGCCUAAGUAUUUAAUGUUGUCUCUUGUUAUUUGCAGUUGAUGCGUCUUCCCUAUAUAAGUUAUGUCCAUCUCUGACAUGCCUAUGGGAAGUCCACUAGACUUGGUCAUAUUUACUCUAUACCCGGCCAGUUCCCCAAACUUUGUCAAAACAUCCGUUAAUGCUGCCAUGGAUUCUCUCGGGUCCGCCAGAGUCAGUAAUACGUCAUCUGCGAAUCCCAACACUACGUAGCGUCGCCCUCCUACCCCUUUUAUAUCCGGGGCUUUACGUAUCGCCUGCAGGAGUGGCUACAAUGAGAGAGCAAACAGUAAGGGGGACAAGGGGCAUCCCUGUCUAGUGCCGUUGCUAAGGCUAAACGGGACUAUCCUUGCUCCUGAAAUGCGAAUGUGCGCCCUAAUGUUAGUGUACAUUGCGCGAAUCACUGUAAUAAACUGGUAUAGGAUGCCGCAAUGGUCUAGCACUGUGAAUAGAUAAGGCCAUUUCACUCUGUCGAACGCCUUUUCGGUGUCCAACGACAAUAUCAUCGUUGGUAUUUUCCUGGUUGCUUGUCACCAUAUAAGGUCUACAUUAUGUCUGGUGUUAGCAAGUACUGGGUUCAAUCUGACUGCCAGGAUUUUUGCUAGUAGUUUUGAGUCAUGGUUAAUCAGGGAUGUCGGGCGGAAGUGUUCUGGGACCGAUAUAUCUCAUUCCGGUUUCGGCAAUAAAAUGAUGUCCGCUAGUGACAUGUCUCUAUUGGGUAGACCUCCGUCCAUGAGUUCAUUGAACCAAGAUUCCAUAUGUGGGAUGAGUUCUUCACGAUAGGUUUUAUAAUAGUUUCCGUCAAAACCAUCCGGGCCUGGUGCCUUGUUGCUUUUCAAGACGGAGAUCACCAUGUCUAUUUCUUCCGCCGAAAUCCGUUUCCCCAAGGCGUCUGUUUCCGCCCCAUUUAGUUUAGUUAGUUCUAGCCCGGUAAGGAAAGUGUGUGUCUUGUCUCUUUCACCGUGCGAAUCAGCCAGUUCUGUUGGCGAAUGGUUGUAUAGUUUUGUAAAGUAUUCUGUGAACACUUUUGCUAUGUCUAUAGGGUUCGUUUGAUAUUGGCCAGAAGCAUCUUAUUUUAAAGGUCUGGGGACAUAGUCUUAAAGGGGUAUUGUUCCCAAAAGUCACAAUAUGUCCCCAGACGGUUCUUAAAGGGCCAUACCCAGCAGGGUCAUAAUCAUGAGGAAGGUGGCUGGCAAUUAGGCUUUUCCAUAAGCCAAGGACACAGGGCAAUUUGUCACAUAAAAUCCUGGUUACAAACGGCAGUUUGUAACACAUGUAAUUGUAACCAGACAACUGGACGCACAGGAACAGAGGGGUGAAGGGCCCUGCUCCAUGAGCUUACAUUCUAGAGGGAGUGGGGUAUAGUGACACAAAGGGUAAAAGUAGGGGUACGAAGUAGGUUGUUAGAAAAGUAUUAAUUGAGGGCUUACUAGGUAGUUUUUGACAGUUGCAGAAGAGGAGUCAUGGAGGGUGGGGGUGAAAACCUGCUUGCAGUUUAAUUGAUAUGCUUUCUUGAAGAAGUGAGCUUUCAAUUAUUUUUUGAAUGAGUGGAGACUUGGUGAAAUUCUUAUGGAGAAGGGAAGGGAGUUCCACAGAAGAGGUGCAGCACAAAAAGAACACCCAGGCAGUGAGCCUGUGCGGUAGAGGUGAUGGUAGCACCGUUGACUUGGAGGGAAACAGACACUUGAGGGAGGAAAGACCAGAAGUUCUGUUUUGGACAGGUUGAGUUUAAGGAAGUGAGAAGCCAUCCAUUUGGAAAUCAAAGAGAGUAAGUCAGAGACACGAGUCAAGAAGGGUGGAGAGAGAUCAGAAGAGGACAGGUAGAUUUGCGUGUCAUCCGCAUAGAAAUGAUAACAAAAGCCAAAGGAGUUGAUGAGUUUACCAAGGGAGGCAGUGUAGAUAGAGAACAGUAGAGGACCAAGGACAGAACCUUGGGGGACGCCGACAGAGAGUGGUUGGGGGGAAGAGGCAGAGUCAGAGAAAGAAACACUGAAAGAGUGCUGGGAGAGGUAGGAGGAGCACCAGGAGAGAGCAGUAUCCUGUAGACCAAAAUUACAGAGAAUACGAAGAAGCUGUUGAUGAUCAAAAGUGUGAAAGGCAGCAGAAAGAUCAAGGAGAAUUAGGAUAGAGUAAUGGGCGUGAGAUUUAGCAGCAAUUAAAUCGUUGGAUACAUUGGUCACAGCCGUUUCGACAGAAUGACCAACGCGGAAUCCAGACUGAAGGGGGUCAAGCAGGGAGUUGGUUUUGAGAAAGUCAGUCAGUCUGGUGUACACAACUCUCUCGAGGAUCUUGGAGACAAAUGGCAGAAGCGAGGUAGGGCAGUAGUUGGAUGGGGAGUUGGGGUCAAGACUGGUAUUUUUCAGAAUUGGGGUUACAGUUGCAUGUUACAAGUCUGAUGGCAAUAAACAGGGUAUCUGUUACAAUGACGAUGAAAUCACCAGUACAAGUACAGUUUUUGUGUAAAAAAAAAAAAAAAUGCAAAAAAACAAAUAAAAACACUAACUUUGGCCAGCGUUUGUGACUAAGUGGCUACUGCAAAAGUCUGGAAAUACUGCAUUUGGAAUAUUCUGGGUUGUCUACAUUUGAAAAUGGUAUGCCAUGAUGGUGUUAUUUCAUAUUUCUGGGCUACCAUAUGGUCUCAAAAGGCAACACAGACCCAGCAAACAAAUCUGGCAAACUGAAUUGGACAAGCCCUAUACUGACCCUUUAACUUCCCUAAACACCAUAAAACCUGCACCAUAAAACCUAUUGUCAUACUCAGGAGACUUCGCUGAACACAAAUACAAAAAUUAUGAUGAAAUCACCAGUAAAAGUGAAAUUUUUAGGUAAAAAAAAUGCAAAAAACUUGAAUGAUAAUUUUGGUGAGCGUUUGUGACUAAGUGGCUACUACAAAAGACUGGACAACCCCAUUUUAAAUACUGUUUGUUAUGUACUUUUACAAAUUGUAUGCCAUGAUGGGGCUUAUUUUCAUUUAUGGGCUGCUAUACGGUCUCAAAGGCAACAUGGGCCCAGCAAACCAAGCUGGCAAAUUUCAAUGUGCAAACAUGGAAAUGGCGAAAGCCCUAAAUUUGACCCCUGUAAGUUUGCAAAAACCCAUAAAACCUUUACAUUGGGGGUACUGUUGUACUCGGGAGAUGUUACUGAACACAUAUUGGGGUGUUCUUUGUCAGUAACACAUAACGGGAACUGACAAUCCAUGCCUAAAAUACAAUGUGAGAGAAAAAAUUACUACCCAAAAAUUUGACAAAGACUGGUGGUAGAAUUGGUGUAUGUAAAGUGUUAAAAUACCACCAUUUGAAAUACCCUAGAGUGUCUACCUUUCAAAAAUGUAUGGUUUGAUGGGGGUAAAUUACAUUGGCUGGCUUCAAACAUUUCCCAAAUAGGACAUGGGUGCAUGAUGACCAGCUGUGAAAAUUCCAAGUUGGAAAACUGGAAUGUGCACCCUCCAAAUAAGGUAUUUUAACCCCCAGAGAACCCGACACACCUAUACAUGGGUGGUGUGAUGAACUACACUUCGCCACUGGCUUUUGGAGAGGCCUGCUUGCCAGCCUCUUGCCCUGUGACUAUGGCCCCUGGGGUGUAUUGCAGUUUAAAAACUUUAUUUGGGCUUUUAAGACACUGUUCCUGCUCCUUUAAAUAUUAUUGGAAAAGAUUUGCACUUUCAAAAUGGCACAUUGGAGGGGCGUGGCUAGCCGAGCUACAGAGCGGUCAAGGUUUUACUGAGCUCCCGCUCCAGAAGUGCAAAACUGCCUAUUUUGCCACAAAAGAGAGCAAACUUUAAUGUUGCCGACACCUGAGGGACCCCCCCAAGAGAGAGAUGGGGCGCAAACACCUAAGAUUGGCCCAAGCUGGGAGCAACAGUCACACAGAUAUCCGACUGUCCUUCACCAGACCACCGCCGCAGGCCCAACUAAACAUGGCGCCCGUGGAAACACGCAGCUCCAGCGACUCAGAGCGAUCACUGGAGGAAGAGACAUCCCAAGCACCCAAUUCCAGCAGUGGGAUAUACCAGAGGUCUGAAUCAGACUCAGACAAAUCCCCCUCCACCAAGGGAGAUAUCAAAAACCUCCUGCGGGACCUGAGGGAGGUCUGGAAAGCCGACCUCGCUGGAGUACAGGAGGAGGUCGGAGGCCUGAACCGCUGUGUGAGAGAAGUGGAGUGCAGGGAAGUGGAGAGGGGAAAGAGGCUGGAUGAUACCAGCUCCCGCCUAAAUACACUCACCCAACAAGUACAGCGCCUCUCCCGCACAGUUACCUCCCUAGAGACACGGCACCGACGAAAAAAACAACAGGAUCCGUGGGGCCCCAGAGUCAAUAGGCCAAGAAGCCCUGAUCAGCUUUACCCACGAGGUCCUGAGAGAACUCGGAGUUCAGACGGACGCAGAGCGACCGCCAAUAGUGACAGCCUUCAGGGUCGGGAAGGGCCCCACAGCACCUGCGGACGCACCCCGGGACAUCAUAGCCACCACCAGAGACACCAACGUGAAAUCCUCUAUAAUGGCACGGUCCAGACAAAAACCAAGUCUGCUCAGAGCCAACACGAAAAUCACAGUAUACGACGACUUACCUUUUGCAGUCUUACUUGAGCGGCGUAGGUUCGCACCCACCACCCGGAUCCUUCGAGACAAAGGCAUUAGAUACCGAUGGGGACAUUCGGGAACACUGGUGGUACCACAUGGGGACACAGUACAUGUUCUUUCGGCCUCCGAGGACCACACGGAGUUCCUGAGAGGCCUUGAUCUGCCGGCACCACCUCCAGCGACACGGCAAGCAGUGGCAGCCCAGUCGACCGCGAACCCCACAGGGAAAAAGAAGCUAGCUGGAGACGCACAAUCAAUAGAGCGGAAAGACCCUCCAUAGGACUCUCCAACCCAGGCGUAACCUAGCCGUGAUGGCAGCGAGGGGAGGCCAACUACCGCCCACAAGGACACACCCGGGACUGAUCUCUUGGACUUCCAUGUGGCAAAUCCUUAACUGAAGGCUAAACGAGUGCUCCUAAUUGCUGAUGUAUUCUAUUCUUUAUUUUUAUUUUAAUGUUGUGUUUUUUUUGUUUUUUUCUCUCUUUCCUCCCUCUGGUUUAUUCACAUGUAAUGCCGUGACUACUGUUAUCAAUGCUUUUACCCAGACUGGUUUUACUACUCGGACCCCCACCAUGACUGAGUUUCACGGACAAGUAGAGACCCUUGGGACCACGUAGGUUUCACCAACACGCUUACAGUAAGGGGGGAACAUGGACAGACGCAGACCACACCCACUAUGUCGCACACAAAGACCAACCCAGGGACAUAUAGCACCGACACUUAAUCAGCCAGGCCCCCAUCGGAGGACAAGAUAAGGAUAUUAGCCCCAGCCACCAACACCGGACGGACACCCGACCAGCUACAAAUGAUACGCCGGCAACCCAACUACCGUCCCAGAAGGGGGAGACAUACGAUGUAACUGUUUCUACCAAUAACCCCCUGCCCCCCCCUUUUUUUUUUCUCUCAUUACUUAACUUAAUAUUGUUUCUCUACCACGCUACUAAAAUGACUUCUGUAUAUGGCUAUAAGUUAUCGUACAUAUAGAUCCGUCUUCGGACAGGACACAUGUUAUUCUGUCAAACAACACUCAUAACGGCGCAACAUAACACUUUAUGACCAUGUGUAAUACUCUGCCCGCAAUCGCUGUUGUGGUGAUGCGGGAAUAUGUGAAUCACAUUUAAUGCGCUAUGAAAAUGAAAAAUAAAGAAUAAAAAAAAAAAAAAAAUGGCACAUUGGAAACAGCCGAAGUACCGAAGUAGUCGAAGUGGCCGCCAUUCGUAUGGUCGAACACAUGGCGGCGUCCAUUUUGUUUAGCCGAAUGUGGCCAGCUGUGUUUUGCCGUCGAGUUCAUGGAACUCAAAUCGGACACGCGACAGCAUGAACCCUGCUGAACUUUACCUUCUAUGGAACUUCGACGCUUCGACGGGAGUUGAACAGCGUUAGAGAAUUCGAACGCCACUUUAACAUUGGGUAUUUGCACAAAUGGCCCCCGUUCGUGCAUUCGAACAGAAAUUAGUAUUGGAAAUAGACCAGGCGCACAGCCUAAAUUUGUGGAACAAUUUUGGGCAUGAAAGCCUUGCUUGCGGUUGGUCAAAAGAUACUUCCAGAAAACGUUUGAAUCCCUGCUCUGAUCUGGGUGAUUUUUUGAUAUGUUGUUCACCCAGAUCAGGGCUAUCCAGGGAUGUAUUUGUGGGGAUAUGUGUUGUUUUGGGGUGUUUUCUGUGUUUUGGGUAAAAAAAUGUGUGUUUUCUGCCUGUGUUUAUUGAGUUAGUCCAUUGUAUACGUUCAUUGGAUCACAGGCAGAGGGGAGGGUUUGUGUACAGUAACUGGGAGAGUUCAAAUGUAAAGACUCUCUCUCCCACUGUGUCAUUGUUGGUUUGUGCAUUUCAUGUCCUGUGCCCCACAAGGUCCACGUGGGUGGUAACCUUGUGGGGUAAUACUGUAUAAAAGAAGCAGCUGUAUCAUUAAAAGUUCUACUUGACCCUCAACUCGCAGCCUCAACUCGUGUUUGGGGGGAACAGCUAUAAUCACUACAGUAUGCUAUGCUCUUCAUACUCCCUUAGCUUCACAGAGCUAAUUCCUGUUCCUGCUUCGCUCUCUGAAGGAAGAGAGGUUCACCCACCGGAGCCUGUAGCCUUGUCGUAGGUCCAGGGUGGGUAGGAGACAGCAAGACCCCAACCAAGCUGCGGCGGUUCGUGGGGUCUGCAGUGCUUAUGGUGUCUGGUGCAGUGCUGAUGGUCCUUGGUGAGCACUAGGAGUAUCCUUCUACAGUCCAACCCUCAGAUAGCUUGUGAUAUCACUGUACUCAGGAGAUGUUGCUGAACACAUAUUGGGGUGUUCUUUGUCAGUAACUGUAGAUUGGAGGGGUUUCCACCGCCAGAGACAUCCCUUUCCUGAGUGUGAGGGGUGUUACGGCAUUCCAGGUAGUCAUCCAAGUAGAGAAGCUCUUAUAAGAGUUAGUAGUGAUAGCUAUAUAGCAGUUACCCACAAUAAGAGACAAAACUCUAGAUUAAGGGUGAAAUCAAUCUGUUUUAAUGAUAGUCACACUGGCCUUUUAUGCAAGUCCCCAGCUAAGGGAUACACCCAGGUGGACCUUGGUGGGGACAGUGAUACAAGGUUAUCAACCAAUAAUAACAGUGUUAUACAGUGUGACACUCCCAUACAGGACAGGCAAUCCCUCCCCUCUGCCUGGGAGACAAUUGAGUCAACUACUGUCUUUAACUCAAUUAUCUGCAGUCGAAAAAGAACAUAAAUGUAAUACAAUAAUUUUAAAACACAUAGUAUCCCCUCAUAGCCCCAAUCAGGGGGAACAUCAUACACACACACACACACACACACACAGGCAGACAGUCACACACACAGACACACACAGGCAGACAGUCAAACACAGACAGACAGCCAAACACACACAGGCAGACAGGUAUACACACAGCCACACACACAGGCAGACAGUCACACACACACACACAGACACACACAGGCAGACAGUAACAUAGACACACACAGACAGACAGUCGAAAACACAGAUAGACAGCCAAACACACACAGGCAGACAGGUAUACACACACACACACACACAGGCAUUCAGUCACACACCAGACACACACAGGCAGACAGUCAAACACAGACAGACAGCCAAACACACACAGGCAGACAGGUAUACACACAGCCACACACACAGGCAUACAGUCACACACACACACCCACACAGUGGAGGCAGUGCAGCUCCUGGAGAAGCAGGACUCCUUCCUGCUUCCCCUGCAGCAGAUACCCGACACUUUUAGCUCCGCCCCCACCAUCAGUUUAGCUCCGCCCCGCCGCACGGUAAGCUCCGUCCCGCCGCAAUAUUAUUUUUUUUUUUGUUUUUUUUUAUAAUCCCGGACAGCCAUGUCUGAGCUGUGUCAGCCUCAUGGUGCCCUCUGCUCCCAUGGCGCCGUGUGCGGCCGCACAGCUCGCACACCCCUAAGGCCGGCCCUGAUUGGGGUGUUCUUUGGCAGUAAUGCUUAAAGUUCUCCAUACAUGUAUUCUUAAAUUGCUAUGUGUGUCAAAAAAAUCACCAAUUUAUAUAUAUAUAUUUUUUUUAUGUAUAUAUAUUUUUUUAUUUGGCAUAGAUUGGUGGUAAAAUGGUUGCAUGAAAAAAGUCAAAAUACCUCAAUAUGAGAUUGAUACAUCCAACUUUGUAAAGGACAACUUUACCUUUGGUUGUCUUCUUUUAAAAAAUAUACACAUGUGAAGGGUUAUUCAGGGAUUCCUGACAGAUAUCAGUGUUACAAUGUAACUUGUGUUAAUUUUGAAAAAACUGGUUUGGAAAUAGCAAAGUGCUACUUGUACUUAUUGCCCUAUAACUUUCCAAAAAAAAGCUAAGAACAUGUUAACAUUGGGUAUUUCUAAACUCAGGAAAAACGUAGAACUAUUUAGCAUGGGUGUUUUUUUUAACAUAUUUGUUUUUAUUUCGUUUUGUCAAGGUUGUCAUACAAACAAUAAUAUCAGCAUUGAACAUUGUUGACUUUGCCUGAAUUACAGCCAUAUGUAGGGCAACACACCUUCAGGUCAUUACACUAGGAGCAUACAAUACGGUGACAUUUACUUACUUGCUGUGCUGUUGCUCGGUAUAAAUCCGGGCUGUGAGUGCAUUGUGUGACCUUCGUGAGUCAGAUUUUAGCAAUCAGUUUAGUCGCCAUGGCACUUUUGUGUAUCUAGUGCAUGGCCUAACAAUAGUUCGUCCCACAUCUGGCAGGCAAUCAUAGAAUGAGGCAGAGGGAACAAAGGGGAGUUAAAAUCAACCAAACUUAAACCCUCGAUCUGGGAUUCCUGCGUCUUAUAUUGGAGGUUAAGCAGGGGUGUGUGCUCAUUGCGUUUAUAGACUCGUGUAUUAUGACUGUGGCUGUUGGGCCAGGCCUGCUCUGGGUGUCCCUCGGUGCGUGAGCCAAUCAUGCCACAGCACCUCAUGCUGCUGCACUUUCCGAUUCAUCUUUAGAGCCAUACGCUCAUAUAAACAGACAUUGUCUAGUCUCUUUGAAAUCUCCUCCAGGGAGGGGAUCAAUUUAGUCUUCCAAUGAAAGGCUAUAGCAAUCUUAAUGACCGUUAGUAGGUUUGCUAUCAGGGGCGUAUGGUGUUUCUGAUAAAAAGUAGGUAAAAUGUGUAACAGAUUGUAGCGGAUGGCACUGGGCUGUCCUGGGAAAUGUAUAUGUUUAAGUGGCAAGUUAUAUGUGUAGAAAUGUAUUGUAUUCGUCUGAUCGUUCGGUAGAAUCAUUCUAACAAGUAAGGGAAUUGAACUACCAAACAGUCAGACCUCCCCGGUGUGAAGUGUGCCUUCAAUUACCCGUUGCAACAUUGUUGCGAACGGGUAAUUGACAAGCUAGGCAGUAAGUCCUUUGUUCUCGGGUGUGGCCGCCAUUCGGGAAACGAACAUGUUGCGGCAGCCAUUUUAAAACUCCCAAACAGCGGUGUUUUGCCUUCGAGUGUCUGGAACCCAAAUCGGACACUCGACUAGGCGAACACCGCUGAGACCUCCACAAGCCCGGUCCGUUCGGUCCCAAACUACCGAACGGCCCCUCGUUCGGUAGACAGAAACAACCGAACGAGGGGAUUCAGGCGAACCCUCCCUGGUCUCUGUAACUAGAGACUUUCGCACAAUUUGGUCCCUUUUGCCAGGACCGACCGCAGGGCCCCAUCGCAUGGAACCCAAUUCAGCUAUUCUCUCCAGCGCGGUCGGUCUUUUUAUUCCCUCCAUAAAUUUCCUGAACCCCUGGUCUGAUCUGGGUGAUUUUUGGAUAUGUGGUUCACCCAGAUCAGGGCUACCAGGGGAUGUAUCAUUUAAAGCGGUACUCCUAGGUUUAGGGGUACAUCCAGAAACGGGGGAAAUUGGUGUCCUGGAUAAGGGGAUUAUGAUGCAGACUGAGGGGAGGAGAUGUGUGGGAGGUUACCAGAACAGGAUUGGCUACUGUACUAAUGAAUGGAAAUCCCUCCCUUGCAUGGGGCAUGCUUUAUAAGGCCACUGUGUGAAUAAAUCUUUAGUUCUGCUCCUGAUACUGUGUGUCGUCCAGUUAUUGGGAGUGCUGUUGGGAUACUGCUGUAUUGUUUUACCUGCUGGAUACUUUGCCUAUGGAUUUAUAAUUACUUGUUCCUGAGCCUCAGUGGGAUCUACAAGUGGAGGUAGUGAAAUACUAGCUCUCCGCUACAUUGGUGGCAGCGGUGGGAUCCAGACUCACAGAGGAACAAGCACCAAUGGAGUACGGAUGGAGAAUGAUUUUUCUACACUAAAACGCUCCACACUAAAGGACCUCCUAGAAGCAAGGGUUAUUCAAGCCAGCAACAAAAAGAAAGUGGUACUUAUUACAGAACUCAUGGCAGAGUACCAAAUGGAUGGCGGUUCGGUUCCCGAACAGGGGGAUUCAGCGGAAAGACAGGAACAAAUGGAGUUCCAGAGACAGUUACAAUUUAGGCUGUCUUUUUAUGGAGACCACCCUCCAGUGGAAAUUAUUUCCAAGACCAUGACAGAGGUCCAGGAAUUCAUACUAAGGCAACGGACAACAACAACCCCAGAACUCAGCCCUGCAGUAAACACGGCACAGGAAGGUAAGCCUAAAAUACCGGAUCAGGCUUUUAAAACGUAUGUGGAGGCAGAGGAAGACAUAGGUGCUUUCCUGUAAGAUUUUGAAAGACUGUGUGCCCUGCAUCGAAUCAGUACAGAGGACUGGGUACCUAUUUUGGCAGGACGUUUAACUGGGAGGGCAGCAGAGGCGUAUCGUACUGUCCCAGACGAAGAAAUCAGGAAUUACAGUAGAGUGAAAGAGAUUAUACUGGCCCGGUAUGCUAUAACACCAGAGGCAUACCGGAGGAGAUUCCGGGACUUAAAGAAAGCGGAGAAAGACUCACAUGCAAAGUGGGCAUGCAGGUUACAAUGGGCGGCCCUCGGGUGGGUACAAGCUAGCAAGGCACGGUCCAUGGAGGACGUGAUACAAAUCCUGCUAAUGGAACAAUUUUAUGAUGGGGUGACAACAGAUGUCCAGGAGUGGGUAAGGGACCGGAACCCUGCAUCCCUCACAGAAGCUGCAAGGAAGGCAGAUGAUUAUCUGGACGCACGCAGACAACAAAAACCCGCAGUUCCAAAAGUAGCAUUAAAAACCUUUGGGGGAACCAACUACACCCCAGCACCACCGAUACAACUACCACUGCCACCACCACCCGCUGCACAGCCACGAUUUCGCCAGCCGAGCUCUGGGCCCUGUCAUCACUGCCAGAAAUGGGGGCAUUAUAAACGGGAAUGCCCACAACUGCGGGAUCGUUCCAUCUGGAUCCGACCAGGCCCUCCACCACCACCACCAAGAGCAGCCGCAGCACACUGCUACCAGGACAUAAUUGCAACACCAUAUGGUUCAGCAGUGCCCAUUACCACCGUGGAACAGUGGGAAGUAUUGCACGAGGCAGACCCGGUACAGGCAAAGGCUGAUAACCAACAGCAUCACAGACAGACAGUAUACCUAGAGGGCAAAGCUGUACAAGGGCUCCGUGAUUCAGGAGCCACUAUUACCUUGGUCAAAAGCCACUUGGUAGCGGACAAAGCCAAAACCAACAAAACCGUAGCCGUCAGGGUAGCCGGGGGAGCCGUAUACCGGCUACCUACAGCAAGGGUUCACCUGCAUUGGGGAGCGGGGGCAGGAGAAGUGGAGGUGGGGUUAAUGCCAGAAUUACCAGCCGAAGUUUUGCUGGGCAAUGAUCUGGGAAGGCUCACGUCUGCAUUUGAGCCCCAGAUCCCGAUCACAGGAGAGGCUCACCCUGUGGUCAACAGACAACAGGCCCGCACCCAGGCUCCACCCACACUGCCGGAGGUUCAGGUAAGAGACCCUUCCCCUUUCGCUAGACUGUGUCCCCUGUGCCCCUCCUAACGAGUUUGCAGCCGAGGUCAUAACUGACCCCACGUUACAAGUAUAUAGGGACAAGGUUACAGCAGACACACCCGGGGGAGGGAGAAAGGUUUAUCUGGGACAAGCAGCUGUUGUACAGGGAGUCUGACAAGCAGGUAGCCGGGUCAGACCACAGCGGUACCGAGCAGAGUUGCUCCGGAUAGCACAUGACAUUCGGCUAUCCGGACAUUUAGGGGUCAGUCGGACCCGGCACAGACUGACCCAAAGUUUCUUUUGGCCAGGGAUCAGCCAGGAAGUGCGCCGAUAUUGCAACACUUGCGAUAUGUGCCAAAGGGUAGGGAAAAGGGGGGACCGGCGCAAGGCCAAGCUACACCCCCUUCCCAUAAUUGAGGAACCCUUUAGAAGGAUAGCAGUAGACUUAAUAGGAUCUCUCAAGAAAGCGAGCCUGUCAGGCAAGAGAUAUAUCCUGACUGUAGUAGACUAUGCCACUAGAUAUCCAGAGGCAGUGGCUCUGACUAAUAUUCACGCGGAAAUGGUGGUGGAGGCCCUCAUGCAGAUAUUCUCCCGGAUAGGACUCGCCAGGGAGAUUAUCUCGGAUCAGGGUACCCAGUUCACCGCCGAAGUCACUCAGCGCCUCUGGAAGUUCUGUGACAUUAAGCCUAUCGUUAGUGCCCCUUACCACCCCCAGACUAAUGGGCUCUGCGAACGCUUCAACGGUACAUUGAAACAAAUGCUGAGAACCUUCGCAGAGACUCACAAAGACUGGGAACGAUUCCUGCCUCACCUCCUCUUUGCUUACCGAGAGGUGCCACAGGAAUCCACGGGGUUUUCCCCAUUUGAAUUAUUGUUUGGCCGAAGGGUACGGGGGCCACUAGAAUUGAUUAGAGAGCAUUGGGAGGGAGAGCGGAGCACCGACGGUACCCCCAUCAUACCAUAUGUGUUGGCCUUCCGAGAUCGCCUGGAGGCCUUAACUCAGACGGUACAGGAAAAUUUACAGGCGGCUCAGACCCGCCAGCGCACAUGGUAUGAUCGGGGCGCCAGGGACCGUAGCUUUCAGGUCGGACAGAAAGUGUUAAUUUUAAAACCUGUCCGACAUGAUAAGUUACAGGCCGCCUGGCAGGGCCCUUAUAGGGUGGUGGAACAAAGGUGUGACACCUCUUAUAUAAUAGGCUCUUGCGUUGGAACUGGAGGGCGACGCAUUCUCCAUGUGAACAUGAUGAAGCCCUACUAGGAGCGCUCCGAGGAGGUGACCGCCAUAUGUGUACCCAACUCGGAGGAGUUCGACAGUUUGCCUCUCCCAGACCUGCUGGGAGAUGGUCAGUUAUCUGGGGAUUUAGAGGAAGGAGCGGAGUGAGGUACAACAACUUUUGAGGGAGAAGCAAGAUACCUUCUCUCAUGUACCUGGUUACACUCCUCUGGUUACACCCCAGGUCAACUUCCCAUGCGCCAGACCCCGUACCACAUCCCAGAAGCGGUGCGUGAAAAUAUGCGCAAGGAGAUCGAAGAGAUGCUCCAGCUGGGGGUGAUUGAACCCUCAGACAGCCCCUGGGCCUCCCCGGUAGUACUAGUACCAAAACGGGAUGUGACGACCCGGUUUGGUGUAGACUACCGGAGGCUGAACGAAAAGACUGUGUCAGACGGCUAUCCCAUGCCCAGGAUAGACGAACUGCUGGACAGGAUGGCUAGAGGACACUAUCUCACCACUAUUGACCUGUGUAAGGGGUAUUGGCAAAUCCCCUUAGCUCAGGACACCAUCCCUAAGUCGGCCUUUGUCACCCCAUUCGGCUUGUACCAAUUUAAGGUCAUGCCGUUUGGGAUGAAAAACACCCCAACUAGCUUUCAGCGGAUGGUGGACUGCCUCCUAGAUGGGUUCCAAGACAAUACCUGUGCAUAUCUAGAUGAUAUUGCCAUAUUCAGCAAUACCUGGCAGGAACACUUGGCCCACAUAGGAGCGGUCCUAGACAGGAUUAGAGAAACCGGUUUAACGCUGAAACCAGCCAAAUGCAGUAUAGGGAUGGCUGAGGUACAAUACCUAGGCCAUCGGGUAGGAUGUGGAAAGCAGAAGCCAGAACCAGCCAAAGUAGAGGCGGUAGCCCAAUGGACCAAGACUCAGGUACUAGCCUUCUUAGGCUACCAGAAAUUCGUCCCGAACUAUAGCGCCCUGGCCAAACCCCUCACUGACUUAACCCGUAAGAACCUUCCCCGCCAAGUGACCUGGAGCCUGGAGUGUGAGCAGGCAUUCCAACUGUUGAAAAAUGCAUUGACCAAUGCCCCUGUCUUGGCAGCUCCCAAUCCAACUAAACGUUUUCUUGUUCACACAGAAGCUUCUAUGUUUGGAUUGGGAGCAGUACUGAGCCAAGUCGGGGCCGAUGGCGGAGAACAUCCCGUGGCUUACAUCUGUUACCCCGAGAAGUAAGCUACGCCGCCAUCGAAAGCUGUUACCCCGAGAAGUAAGCUACGCCGCCAUCGAAAAGGAAUGCCUGGCUGUGGUUUGGGCCCUGAAGAAAUUGCAGCCAUAUUUGUAUGGAGAGCCCUUUUCCUUGCUCACGAAUCACAACCCGUUGGUCUGGCUAAACAGGGUGGCUGGGGACAAUGCCAGGCUGCUGCGCUGGAGUUUGGCGCUACAGCCCUUUGACAUUAACAUUCAGUACCGCCCGGGCAAACAGAAUGGGUUGACGGGCUGUCAAGACAAACAGACCUGGAGAAAUGAUCCGUGAGCAUCCCCGGACAUCCCCAAGCUGAUCCGUGUUGGAUCAGACUGUGUAUGCCGGCUUGUGGGCAAGGGGGAGCAGUGUAGCGGAUGGCACUGGGCUGUCCUGGGAAUUGUAUAGGUUUUAACUGCAUUCGUGUAAAUGGCAGGUUAUAUGUGUAGAAAUGUAUUGUAUUCGUCUGAUUGUUCGGUAGAAUCCUUCUAACAAGUAAGGGAAUGAAACUACCGAACAGUCAGACCUCCCCGGUGUGAAGUGUGCCUUCAAUCACCCGUUGCAACAUUGUAGCGAACGGGUAAUUGACAAGCUGGGCAGUAAGUCCUUUGUUCUCGGGGGUGGCCGCCAUUCGGGAAACAAACACGUGGCGGCGGCCAUUUUAAAACGCCCGAACAGCGGGAGCUUAAUAAGGCCACUGUGUGAAUAAAUCUUAGUUCUGCUCCUGAUACUGUGUGUCGUCCAGUUAUUGGGAGUGCUGUUGGGAUACUGCUGUAUUGUUUUACCUGCUGGAUACUUUGCCUAUGGAUUUAUAAUUACUUGUUCCUGAGCCUCACUGGGAUCUACAAGUGGAGGUAGGCUAUGAAAUACUAGCUCUCCGCUACACAGAUAUCCCUCAGGUGACAGUGGAAGGGAAGUGUGGGUUAGCUUGCUGAUCAAGGUUUGCAAGCCUAACCAGAGCGGUUUAAUAUCUUGGCAUUCCCAAAAGACAUGCAGUAAGGUACACUGGGCGUUUUCGCAUCUCCAACAAAGAGGGGAGACAGUGCUGUACAUCUUGGCCAAUCUCAUAGGUACCAAGUAAGAUUUUACUGUAUGCUUCCCACAUGGAGAGGCUUCUGGAUGCUUUCUUAGUAAUGGAAAUGGCCUUGUGCCAUUGUUGUAGAGUGAGGUCCCUUCCUAUAUCUCUCUCCCACUGUGUCAUAUACUGGAGCUUGUGUGGGGUAGCAUCUUCCCACAGGGCGUUAUAACAGAGUGAGAGGGGCUUGACAGUAUGGGAGGUCAGCAGGUAUUGUGGACUGUGAGUUGUUUGUGUAGAGCUUUUGUGUAGUCCCCACCCUCUGUUUUUUGGUCUGUAGAAUGUUUUUGACCCUCAGGUAUAGGAAUAGGUCUCUAGGGGAGAGGAAGAAUUCCUCACGCAGAGUCAGGAAUGGUUUCAGCGUGUCUCCCGUGAACAGGUUGUCUACCCUCAUGAUGCCCUUCGCCUGCCAUCCGUGGGUGUCUAGGUCGAGAGAAUGGGCUUUGCAGCGCUGUUAUUGGGGCAAGCCUGAUUAGUUCCCUAGGGUCCACUAUGGUUGAGGCCCAUGUCCUCUAUGCCUGCAGUAAUGUUUUUGUACAUUGUAAGAUCGGCCUUUUAAUAAUAGUCGGGGCGCCCACCCACAUAGCCCAGGUUAGUUGUGUCAGGUAUAUACAGGCAUCCUCAAAGGAAAGCCAGAUAGGGGUAGGUGCUGCUGCUUCCGCCCUGAGUAGUCUUAGUCCCUGAGCCUACAAGGAGGCUCGGUAAUAGAGCCUAACGUCCAGCAGGCCCAGUCCCCCUCGGCUAUAAUGGAGGCCCAGGGUUUUAGUUGCUACUCGAGGUGGCUUCCUUUUCCAGACGUGUGCGUUUAUAAUUAAUUGUAACCUCUUAAUGAGUUGGGAUGGCAGCUCUAUGGGGAUGGUUCUGAAAAGGUGCAGUAUAUGCGGGAAAAUCAUCAUUUUAAUAGACCCUUAAGGUCUUCCCAUGUGGACAGUUGGUUCUUGAGUUUCUGGAUCAGAGGAACGUGAUUCUCUUGUGGCAGUGUGCGUAUGGAUUUAGUGAGUUUUAUUCCCAAGUAGGAGAGUGACUUCUUCCUCUAAUCGAAUGCGUAGGUGCUUUCAAGUUGUGUCGUGAUUGUGUGUGGUAGUAGGAUGGGAAGAGCUUGUGUUUUUGCAGUGUUAUUUUUGUAGAAGGAUACAUCGCUGUACUUGGCUAGGAGGUUGUGGAGCAGUGGAAUUGAGUGUGCUGGGUUUGUAAUAUAUAGGAGAGCAUGGGUGUUUUUUGGUGGUUGUGGAUGCGUAAGAGAUUUUGGGGGUCAAAGUAAGAAAAAGUGUUUUUUUUUUUAAAGUUUUCAUCAUAGUUCAUAAAAAUUUUUUAUAAUAAAUGAUAUGAUAUGAUGAAAGUAAUGGUAUCUUUAGAAAGACCAUUUAAUGGCGAAAAAAAAAAGUAUAUAAUAUGUGUGGGUACAGUGAAUGAGUAAGAGGAAAAUUACAGCUAAACACAAACAUGGCAGAAAUGUAAAAAAUGCCCUGGUCCUCAACGGUAAGAAAAUUGAAAACUGGUCUGGUCACUAAGGAAUUAAUAAUGCAAUUUGAUUGAUGUCACUUAUUGAGGCAAAAGCCCAUUGUUCGCUCCACAAAAUUGUCUGGCUACUUUGAAGGCAAUAAAAAGGACAAUAGUGUGAAUAAAUCCAAGCACCGCAAAUAUAAGUAUUUAUGUAAGUUUUCUGCAUUCUAUCGUCAUAUUUUAACCUGAUAUUCUGUCACAGUUUAGGGGAGUCUUUAGGCCACAGUGGAUUACAAAUCCCCUAUUACCUGGGACUUGAGAAAAUGCCCAUGUGAGCAAAAAAUAUGUUUAAAGUCACAUAAUAAAACCUUGAUAACCACUGGAUUCAGGUGUCAAACGAGUCUUACUCAUUUCAUAAUAUUCUGUGCUAAAGUAUGGGUGCCCUAUGUACCAUGUUUAAAAUAAUUUUGAAAUUGUAUUGUCACUGUAUAGUGAAGCAAACCUGUCUGACACUAGAGUUCCAUUUAACAGUUAUCGUUCUGAGACAUCAUUGAUCAUUUGUAGUGCACGACACUGCCAAUUUUUCUGUCUAUUUAAAGAGUGAAAGUAGAGGAAGUAAAAUGCUUGAUCCUGUGAUAUAUAAAAUAUUUUGGGCAAUGCUGAUAGUCCCGGAUCAGCCUGUGUCAAUUGGCCAAUAUAUAUCCGAAUAAAAGAAAAACAAGAAAUAACAUGCUUCAAUGUCUUCCAAAAAGAGUCCAAACUGGUUAAAAUUAAUCAAUAUAAAAUGUUCUAAAUGCAUUUGUUGCUAUAAAAUUUUUAUUUUGUUAUAUUUUUAUUUUUUAUGGCAGGAAUUCAAGUCAGGAAGUCAAGCUACACAUGGAUGACCAGCGAGCUUGCUAAACUCUACUUUGACUAUGGAAGGAUGAAUACAUACUAUAAACGAGGACUUCCCUUUAAAGCUUCGGUGAGUAUUAACAUAUCCAAGUAGUGGAAUUGUUUAGGUUCCCUCUAAGCUAUGACUUGUAUUCCUUCUUAUUGGUCACUCUCUGGCUGUUCUGGAGUCAGAGUUAAACCUGGCUUUUAUAAAAUAUUGAGAAUAUUUAUCUGUAAUAGUGGAUCGUGUUCAUUAGAACUCCAGACUACAUGGAGUAUCACUGAAACAAAAUAUUAUAUUGUAAUUAAAUAUAAUAUAUCAUUCAUGUUGAGUCUCUUUUAAGGUGGUAUUAACAGAUGAAAAAAACAAUCCCAUGCAAGGUGAAAAGAUCGAACUGGAAAUAAAUAGAAACAUCAUUCAGAAUGUAACAACAAAUGCAGACGGCAGAGCAACAUAUGAGAUUGAUACAUCCAACUUUGUAGAGGACAACUUUACUAUUAAGGUUAGUAUCAAGGCCUAUUGGAAAGAUGCAGGGCCGGAUUAACAUAGGGCUGAUGGAGCUGCAGCUCCAGGCCCAUGCCCAUUAAAUAUGGCCAUUGACUAAAUAUAUAUAUAUAUAGUUUAUUUUUUUACACACUACUCUUAGGGUUUCCACCUGGCUUUUUUUUUAAUGGCACAGACAGUAUUUGAGGCUGCCUGACCGGUGCCAAUAUUGCAGUCAUACUGGCAAUACAAAUGAUGGUAUUUUUCACAGUAAAAACAGAUUACAGUGCAGUACCAGCACUGGCCAGUCGCUUCGUGUGUGGAGAAAGGCAGGGAUUUUCCAAUCCCUGCCUUUCUCCACACACGCAGCGACUAGCAUAUCCCUCCCUGCCUAUCUCUAAUCACCGAUCUGCAGGGGAUCAGCUACAGAGAGCCUACACAGCAACUCCCACCCAGCAGAGACAUCCUACAGCUCAGGGAAGUGAGGCAUGGGGGAAAGGCUGCAAGGAGAUAUGGGGGCACUGGGAGAUAUGGGAACAUUGAGACAUUGGGAGACAUUAUGACACAGACACGUAGGGACACUGAGAAACUUGGGGACACUGGGAGAUAUGGGGACACUGAGACACUAAGGGACAUUUGGAAAAAUUAUGACAGAGACACUUGGGGACACUGAGACACUAGGGACACAGUGUCCCCAUGUCUCCCAGCCAGUGUCUCAGUGUCCCCAUGUCUUUUAAGUGCCUCUUAGUUUCCCAGUGUCCCCUAGUCUCCCAGUGUCUCCCUAGCCCCAGCCAGUGUCCCUAUUGUAUGUGUCCCUGGUGUCUUAGUGUCUCCAUGUCUUCAAGUGCCCCCUAGUCUCCCACUGUCCCCAUGUGUCCCAGCCAAUGUCCCCUAUUCUAUCAGUGUCCCCGGUGUCUCAGUGUCCCACUGUCAUCAUGUCUCCCAGUAUUACCAUCUCUCCCAGUGUUCCCUGUCUCAGUUUCCCCAUGUCUUCCUAGUGUCCUAGUGACAUGGGGACCCUGGGAGACAUGGAGAUACAUAUGCUACGGGACACUGGGAGACACGGUGACAUAGACACUAGGGGACACUGAGAGACAUGGAAAUACUGGGGACACUGGGUGACAUGUUGACACAAGAGGACACUGGGAGACAUUGGGCAUUGAGACACUGUGAUACACAAGGACAUUCUGAUACAUAGGGCCACUGGGAGACCUGGAGACACGACACUAGGGGAUACUGGGACAUGGGGACACUGAGAGACUAGGGGACACUGGGAGACAUGGCGCACUGAAACACUGUGAUACAUAGGGACACUGUGAGAUCUGGGGUAAUCAACACAUGGGGACACUGAGACAUGAGGGCACUGGGAGACAUGGGGGCACUGGGAGACUAUAGGAGACUGAUACACUCUAAGCUAUAACAUGGAGACACUGAGACAGUGGGAGACUUACGACACUUGGGGCCAAGGAGACACCAGGAGCAAUCCACCUAUACAGCAGAAUCAAACUAAGUAGCUUUUUGGUGAUUUUACAGCAUUUUUUCGUAUGUCACUCCUUGUGAUUUACAUCAUGUCUCCCAUACAUAAUAAAUUAUGCAAAUUAGUAAGGCCGGUAUGUUUUUUCUAGAAAGGUGGCAACCCUAAAACUUUCCACAUACUCUUGCUUAAGUAUGGAAAUUUAAGAGGGAUGUAUGGGAACAAAACUUGUGUGGAGUGGCUGACAAUAAAAUUAGUUAAAGGAUCACUAUAGUCAACAGAUAAAAGCAAGAAAGACAGGUCCCCCAGACUUCUUUCUUUCUUUUAUAUGAACUUCCUCUUAUAAAAAAAUAAUUUUAGAGUCUUUUUUAGCAAAUAAACUUACCUCGGUUCUAGCACAGAGAUCCCCGUUAGGCCACACCCCCUUUUUCAUCAAAAUGACAAAAAAAUCGCAGGGCUCAAUCAAGCGCUUCUCUCAGAGAAGUGUCAUCGUGAUUUGGUGCGCAUGCGCGGCUUCGCGCUGCACCAACCACGUUCAUAAUAGAGCAGCAUUGAAUGCCGCUCUAUGAAUGAACUCAGAGCCUCUACCGUUCAUUUAUGGUAUGCGCAUUUGCAGACUGAGCUGACUGACAACUCAGCUCGCUGUCUAUUUAGAAAUAAAAACUGGAUAAGCACAACGCGUUUCGACGUUUCGGCGUUUAGAAGGCUAUACUUCAAAAUCCAUAAUCAUUAGUCCAAAUACACCUCAUAAUAAAGGAAGCAGAAGGGGGGUGGGGUGGAAAGGGAUGGGUAAAAAUAUAUUAAUACAUACUUAUGCAAAACAAAUUAAAUUUAAUUUCCUAAAAUAAAAAUAUAAAUAGAACACUGAUAAAACGAAUCAAAAAUGAGUAAAAAAAAAAAGAAAUUGUAAAAGAGAGAAAUCUUUCACCAUGCUCAGCUAAAAAUACACAAUAAAAAAUGUAUAAUACAUAACAUAUAAUAUAUAAUUGUAGAAAGCUAAAAAAAAACUGGAAAAAAGAGCACAAAUUUAAUUAUAAAAUAGGACCAAUAUCAAAAUCUAAAUUUAACCCCUUAGGAUACAAUGUCUGUAAAUCAAAAAUCCAAGCACUUUCUUUUCUACUCAGGUUAAGGGCAUUAUCCCCACCUCUCCAAUUAUUUACAACUUUUUGGAUAGCCAUAAACUCCAACUCUUCAGGGUUAGAUUGAUGCACUUCUGAAAAAUGUUUAGAAACACUAUGGUUUGGAAAACCUUUUCUUAUAUUUCUAAUAUGCUCAUUUAUGAGGAUUUUUAAGGAUCUUGAAGUUUUUCCUAUUUACUGCAAACCGCAUUUACAAUUUAAAAGAUAAAUAACAUUUUUUGAAUCACAGGAGAUAAAAGAGGAUACGGAAUAUUGUUUAUUAGUUAUAGAUGAUAUAAACAUAUCUUUCAUUUUCUUAUUAACAGAAGUGCUCUUACAGACAUUACAACACCCACAAUGAAAAAAACCUUUUUGUGUUCUAG